CCCCCCACCAACCAGUGGUACCACCCCCACCAACCAGUACCCACCCCCACCAACACCCCCCACCAACCAGGUACCACCCCCCACCAACCAGUACCGCCCCACCAACCAGUAAAGUGCCCCCACCAACCAGUAAGUACCCCCCACCAACCAAGUACCCACUUACCACCAACCAGUAAAGUGCCCCCACCAACCGGUAAGUGCCCCCCACCACCCAGCCAGUAGGGUACCCCCCCCAGUGCACCACCCACCAACCGUAGGUACCCCCCAACCAGGCCGAGUAAAGUACCCCAACCAACCAGUGCACCCCCACCAACCAGUAAGUACCAGUAAGUACCCCCACCCAACCAGUAAGUGCCCCCAACCAAGUAAGUACCCCCACCAACCAGUAAGUACCCCCACCAACCGGUAAGGGUACCCCCCACCAACCGGUAAGUACCCCCCACCAACCGGUACCAGUACCCCCCACCCCCACCAACCAGUGGUACCACCCCCACCAAAUUUUACCAACCGGUAAAUUGCCACCCCCCACCAGCCAGUAAGUACCACCCCCACCAACCAGUACCCACCCCCACCAACCAGUAACCCCACCAACCAGUAAGUGCCACCCCCACCAGCCAGUAAAUUACCACUUACACCAACCAGUAAGUACCGCCCCCACCACCAACCAGUAAGUUACCACCCCCCCACCAACCAGUGGUACCACCCCAGUGCAAGGUACCCACCAGCCAGUACCCACCCCACCCACCACCCCCCCACCAACCAGUAAGUACCACCCCCCACCACCAGUAAGUACCCCCCAACCAGUAAGUACCACCCCCCACCAACCAGUUACCACCACCAACCAGUUAACCAGUCCCCCACCAAGUAAGUUCCCCCCACCAACCAGUAAGUUCCCCCACCAACCAGUAAGUACCCCCCCCACCCAACCAGUAAGUACCCCCACCAACCGGUACCACCCCCACCAACCAGUACCACCCCGCACCAGUAAGUACCACCCCCCCACCAACCAGUAAGUACCACUUACCAACCAGUAAGGCACCCCCCCACCAACCAGUAGUGCCAGUUCCCCCACCAACCAGUGAGCAGUGCCCCACCCCACCAGUAGUAAGUUUCCCCCACCAACCAGUAAGUGCCACCCCACCAAGCCACCAACCAGUAAGUGCCACCCCCACCAACCAGUGAAGUGCCACCCCCACCAACCAACCGGUGAAAUUUGCCAGUGAAGUGCCCCCCACCAAUAGUAAGUGCCCCCCCCACCCCCACCACCAGCCAGUGAGGUACCACCCCUGCCCCCCAAUGGUAAGUUACUUUACCACCACCGGUAAGUUACCACACCAGCCGGUAAGUUACUUACCCCACCAACCGGUAAAGUUACUUACCAACCACCAACCAACCAGUAAGGCCACCCCCCACCAACCAGUGACCCCCCCCCACCACCGGUAAGUGCCACCCCACCAACCAGUAAGUGCCUCCCCCCACCAACCGAGUGCCACCCCCCACCAACCAACCGGUAAGUACUUUACUUUUCCCCCACCAACCCCUCCCCCCACCAGCCAGUGCCACCCCCACCAACCAGUAAAGUACCCCCCCACCAACCAGUAGUAAGCCAGUAAGUACCCCCCCCCCCACCAGCCAGUAACCAGGCACCACCCCCCACCAACCAGUAAGUACCACCCCCACCACCACCACCCACCCCACCAGCCAGUAAGUGCCCCCCCCCACCAACCAGUAAGUACCCCCCCACCAACCAGUAAGUACCACCCUGCCAGUACACUUUACCCCCACCAGUAAAGUACCCCCCCCACCAGCUUCACCCCCACCAACCAGUAAAUUACCCCCCCCACCAACCAGUAAGUACCACCCCCAACCAGUAAGUACCACCCCCCACCGACCAGUAAGUACCCCCCCACCAACCAGUGAAAUUACCCCACCAACCGGUGAGUACCCCCACCAACCAGUGAGUACCUAAAUCCCAGUGAGUACCCCCCCCAACCAGCAAGUACCACCAACCAGCAAGUACCUACCGACUUUGUGUACCACCUACCAACUGGUAAGGGUUCCACUUUGUGCCCCACCUACUGAUUUUGUGCCCCACCUUCCGACUGGUAAGGGUUCGACUUUGUGCCCGACCGACCGGUUAGGGUUCCACUCUGUGCCCCACCUACCGAUAGGUAAGGGUUUCACUCUGUGCCCCACCUACCGACAAGUAAGGGUUCCACUCUGUGCCCCACCUACCGACAAGUAAGGGUUCCACUCUGUGCCCCACCUACCGACAAGUAAGGGUUCCACUCUGUGCUCCACCUACUGACUUUUUACGCCCAACCAACCGACCGGUAAGGGUUCCACUCUGUGCCCUACCGACUGGUAAGGGUUCCACUCUGUGCCCCACCUACCGAUAGGUAAGGGUUUCACUCUGUGCCCCACCUACCGACAAGUAAGGGUUCCACUCUGUGCCCCACCUACCGACAAGUAAGGGUUCCACUCUGUGCCCCACCUACCGACAAGUAAGGGUUCCACUCUGUGCUCCACCUACUGACUUUUUACGCCCAACCAACCGACCGGUAAGGGUUCCACUCUGUGCCCUACCGACUGGUAAGGGUUCCACUCUGUGACUUAAAGACCGACCAGUAACUACCCUCUCAUAUCAAAGCAUGUUAAACUGUACCUAACCAGACCUACUAACCAGUAAUAACACUUCCUACAGCGACUAAACAAGUACCCCGCCCACCGUGGACCUAGUAUUACUUCACUAACCACAGCCACAAAAGAGAAUUAACCUAACUCACUGUGGUCAACAAAACAGCAAGAGUAUCACUUACCAUAGGACACAAAAAUAACACAAAUCAUGACUUCGUACUCUAACUAGUAAGUACUAUAUUCAUGAAAGCUCAUGAGUCAGUACCCUGCUCAGGGCAGCUAAAACACUACAUUGCUGAUUCUUUCUAGAAUCUGUCUCUCUGAACAUUUUUCAGUUUAUGGAGUUUUUUUGUUUUUUUUAAAGAGGCGCAUAAUACAAACUCCACCCUGGCACUUCAGCUAUUAUUGAAUUUUGUUUCCAUAGCUGGAGAACAGUUAACACAUGAAUCAAACCUACACAUUUGGCUUCUGCCUUCUUCCCCCACUUCCUGGCUAUUGCUCUAUACUUGUAUUCAACAUCUGAGUCAACCCACCCACUGCCCUCUAUGCCAGCCUCCACUGUUCCUCCAACCUUGUUGCUGUUAUCAGUUUCAAAUCAAUAUUGAUCACUGUUUAAUAUUUUAACAUUGCUUGCCUGAGAGGGCCAUGUAUUACAAAUUUCUGAUCCUGUACUCAGCUUAUACCUAAUUUGUAGAGCAAAUGUGGUACCAUUUUUGUUAAGUAGAUUUCAAAAUGCAAUUAAGUUAAAGGACCACUAUAGUGCCAGCAAAACAAACUUGUUUUCCUGGCACUAUAGGGUCUUUAGGUUCCCCCCACCCUCAUGGCCCCCCUCCCACUGGGCUGAAGAGGUUAAACACUUACCUUUCUCCAGAGCUGGGCUCCCUCGGCGCUGGGGAACUCUCCAUCCUAUUUUGACGUCAGCACUGAAUGCGCAUGCACGGCAAGAGCCGCGUGCGCACUCAAUCAGUCCAUAGGAAAGUAUUUCUCAAUGCUUUCCUAUGGACGUCAGCGUCUUCUCACCGUGAAUUUCAACGUGGGAAGCGCCUCUAGCGGCUGUCAAUGAGACACUAGAGGCUGGAUUUCUCUGAAACUGCUAUGUUAACAGCUGCAGGGUUAACCCUAGAUGGACCUGGCACCCAGACCACUUCAUUGAGCUGAAGUGGUCUGGAUGCCUAUAGUGGUCCUUUAAAGGACCACUAUAGUGCCUUGAGGGUACCCCCCACCCUCAGGGUCCCCCUCCCGCCGGGCUCGAUGGCGAGGAAAGGGUUAAAACUUACCUUUUCUCCAGCGCUGGGCGGGGAGCUCUUCUCCUCUUUGGCUGAAUGCGCACGCGCGGCAUGAGCUGUGCGGGCAUUCAGCCUGUCUCAUAGGAAAGCAUUCAUAAUGCUUUCCUAUGGACGCUUGCGUCUUCUCACUGUGAAAAAUCACUGUCAGAAGCACGCAAACGCCUCUAACGGCUGUCAAUGAGACAGCCACUAGAGGCUUUAGAGGGUGGAUUAACCCAUCUCUGAAACUGCUAUGUUUAUAGAAGAAAGGGUUAAUCCUAGAGGGACCUGGCACCCAGGCCACUUCAUUAAGCUGAAGUGGUCUGGGUGCCUAGAGUUGUCCUUUAAUGCCUCGUUUCCACUGGGCGGAAUGGUUUGAGUCGGUACAGUUUGAAAGGGUUAGAAUGGUCAAGCCUAUUCAGGUGAGCAUUUCUACUGCAAGUCGGACUGCCAGGGGGCAUGCAAGGUUUAGACCAAAUGCCUAGCGUGUCAUUUGUUGUGAGCAUUGACAUUUCAUGUCCGCCAAUCAAUGGAUUGUAUAGUGUGACGCUAGUAGCUCCGCCCUAACUGUACCGUAUCAUUUCCUAUGAACCUUCAUCUGAAGGGGGCCUAGGAUUGGUUUGGUUCGGUUGUAUGGGCCACUUUCAUAAUGGAAACACUCAAAAUAGCGAACCGAACUGUUCCGCUCAGUGGAAACGAGGCAUAAGUUAUCUUUUACUAACUGUCUCCUGAAUUUUUAUCGCUAAUUCUGUACCAAUCAUUACAUAUAACUGUUAAAUUGUGAAUAGAAAUUUGCAUGCUAACAAUUUUGUAGUUACAAAAGAUAUGCUUUUUAAAGUUCCUUGAUAUCUAUUUAUUAUUAUUCUUUUUUUAAUUGAAGGAAUUACCUAUACCUAAAAUAUAAACUCAAAAUAAUACUCCCCUCUCCUGAGCAUGAUCUUUUGAAAAAUUGUUUGUCUUUAUGUAUUCUUGAUGAAGCUAACUUUCUUCUCCUACUCUGGAUAAGUCCCAGGCUGCUGGUAGGAGAGAUGCUUCAGAGGGUUACUGCUGUCACCCAACAUUUUGAUAUUUAAAAGUACACUCUUUGGUUUUGUUGUUCAAAUGCUGUUCCUUUUCUCAGGUUGUGUUUACGUUUGCCAGAGAUCAGACCUCUAAUGGCUGUAAGACUGAGAGGCACUUACUUCUUCGAAAAUCAAAUGUCUUCAAUUGUCACACCGCAUGAUGACACUGAAUGCAGUUAAUGGAGCUCUAGUGUCCGGAAUACAAGCAUGCAUUCCUGACACUAGGGCUGGAAUGCAGUAAUAGGUUCCUGGUACCUUUCUCUUAUGCCGAAUCAGUCUUGCCAUGGCUGGCCCUGCCUCCUUGGCUGAAAUCAGUUAUAAUCUAAGCCAAUCCAAUGUGUUUUCCCAUAGAAAAUGCAUUGGGAGGCUAUUGCAGAUGUGUAGCAAAAUGCUACGCUGGGCCAAUCUGCAUUUCCUUGUAGAGUUGCUGAACGCCCUGUGUUGGACACUGUGCAGCACUGACACAGGAAGCACUUCUAGUGGCAGUCUCAGUGACGGCCACUAGAGUUGUAACUAGCCACAAAUGUAAACACUGCCUUUUCUCUGCAAAGGCUGCAGACACAUGCUAUAUUAAAAAAAAACAACAACAAAAAACACUAUAUUAAGCUGUAGUGGGUCUGGUGAAUAUAGUGUCCCUUUCAUGCCAAAUUAAUCCAAGAUUAUGGCGAUCUUAGAAGCAGAGCGCCUGCUGCUUGGAGAUUGUACCUGUGAUGGAAUAAAGGAAAGUUUUUAAUGUUUUUCUAGGAGUGAUCUGAAUAUAAAGCAUUGGAACACUCUUAAGAUUAAAAAAAAAAAUGUAAUUCUAAUCUUUCUUUAACUGCACGUCUUUCUGAUUGUGUAAUUUUCUGUCUAUUGGGAAAUAGGCAGCCCUCUAAAAUGAUCAGUUUAGCUUUGUAGUGAUACCUUAGUUUGCCCACUCUAGAGCAUGAACAUUUCUUGUUGGAGUUAAAGUGGAUUUGUCACUUCUUGGAUUUUCCCCAAACCCAGUGGCUCACUAUUAAAUGAAUGCCCACAACACAUGCUCUUGUACUGCAUUUGAUAUUAAAGGCGCCGGGAGCCUUGUGAAGCCGCGCCCCCUUUUUCGUCAAAAUGACGAAAUAGGCGGACACGAGCAGGGAGCAAUCAGACGCUUCCAUUUGGAAUCGUCAUUGCUCCCUUGUGCGCAUGUGCGGCUUUGCCGCAUAUGCACACAUACUUCAGAGGGCGGUAUUCAUGAAGUCCUGAGCGCAUUACCGCGCAUGUGACUGACAGCUCAGCUCGCGGUCUUUGCCCGCCCACAGAAGAGAGAAGGUGCGCGCACACAGUGCCUUCUCUCUCCUGCACACGUCUGAUGUGUACAAGGCCUUUUUAUCCCCUACAUGAUAGGAAGUCCCUCUGGUGGCCACUGGAGGUAUUCCUAUCAAUCAAUGUAAACACUGUAUUUUCUCUGAAAAUACAGUGUUUACAUUAGAUUGCCUGCAGGGAGCUAUAGAUCAUACCUGAACAACUACAUUAAGCUGUAGUUGUUCAGGUGACUAUAGUGUCCCUUUAAAGGAUCACUAUAGUUUCAGGAAAACAAAGCGGUUUUCCUGACACUAUAGUGCCUUGAGGGUGCUCCCACCCUCAGGGUUCCCAUCCCGUGGCGCUGAAGGGGUUAAAACCCCAUCAGCCACUUACCUUAAUUCAGCACCAGGCUCCCUCGGCGCUGGUGACCUCUACUCCCCCGCCGACGUCAGCUCCCUCGUCCGACGUCACUGGAGCCGAAUGCGCAUGCACGUCAAAUGCCGCACGUGCAUUCAAAGUUUCCAUAGGAAAGUAUUUCUCAAUGCUUUCCUAUGGACGCUCUGCGCGAUGGAGGUGAAAUUCGCCUCCAGCGUCACAGAUGCGCCUCUAGUGGCUGUCCGAAAGACAGCCACUAGAGGCUGGAUUAACCCCAAAUGUAAAUAUAGCAGUUUCUUGUGGAAUGCUGGUGUCAGACUACAGAAGUAUCUACCUACACCAUAAUCCUUCAAUAAGAUUUAUUCUGAUAAAAGUGACAGGUAACUCUAAGAACAAUAGCAACCACAGUGUGCAAUUGUGGUUUUGUGUGCCCAUGCUGAAGCGCUUUAUGUGUGAAGAAUGUAUCUUACACCUACUUGCUGCCAAUCACUUAUAGUUUAGCUCAGUGGAGCUAAACACAAGAAGCUGCAAAUGCACAGAGUUCCUGCCUUGCUAGACUUUUCAUUGAGCUGCAUUGGGAAGUCUGUGAUUGGACAGACACAGAAAGCCUGGACCAGGUUAGAAGGUGAGAGCUUGCAAAGGUUUCAGACAAUGAAUCUGCAGUUUUUUUAAACCUACCCACCCAAUGAAAAAAAAUCUAUGAUUAAAGGUAUGUUUUCUUUAGGGAUUUAGCUACUAAACAGUUAUUUUUAUUUGUCCAUUAGCGUCUUCCUGUUAGCGGAAGUUCCUAAUUCAGCAUUGGAUAUCAAUUCUGUCUAGCUUUCACAUUUUUUACAAAUACAUUCCAUCCAAUUCUGACAGAAUUUGAUUUCUUAAAAGUGUUUGAAAACCAUUUGACUCUUAACAGCAGAAUGGGGCCAGGUGAUUCUUGGCACCAUAAACACUACGGCAGGUUGUAGCUGUCUUGUUGCUUGAAGUGUUCAUUUAAUCCCUUAAAGACACAUGACAUGAUAUGAUUCCCGAAGUUUGGUCCUUAAGGGGUUAAAUAAUCUGCGUGAAAGUAACAGAUUACAUUCCCUAACCCUUUCUGAUGUGGCAUAUUUUACAUUUCCUGUGUGUUGAAGCAAAACAUUUAACUAUAAUGUGAACAGAUGGUGUUUUGCUGUUGGAUAUAUGUAAACAGUUGAUUGGUACAUGUAAAGUUCUAACUAAGAGCACAAACAUGAUUAGACCCUCUUUAAUUCCUUAAGGACAAAGACUGCUUUAGUUGUUUGGAACAUAAACAGUCAAUCUAUUAUGACACUUUUUCUGUGUUUGUCCGCUAUAAUUAACCUCUGCACCCACAUAUCCCUUAUACAUGACUGACAGAUUUACUUUAAUACCAGAUUUUUGUGUGCACAGUAUGUAUAUUUAAUAUGAAUAAAUCUAAAGUAAUUUGGAAACUUUUUUUUAAUUAGUUUUUGUAAUUUUUGCAUAACUAAGUCAGGUACAGAAAAUUACCAGGAUUACUUAUUUUUCUCGGUUUGGGGAAGGAAUCAUAUGACUACAGUUUUCUUUUUUAUUUUUAUCUGUCCCAGAGAUUAGUUUUUUAGUUUUUUUUUGUGUGUGCUGUUUAUACCGGGGCAGGCAAACUUUGUCGCUCCAGAUGUUGUGGACCACAUCUCCAAUGAUGUUUUGCCUGCUUUAUGGAUGUAAUAGCCAUAAAGACACAAACGUAACAGUACUGUUGGUCUUGAAGACUGCUUUACAACAAUUUGCUUAAAUUCAUACUUUUAUAGUUGAAAUCAUUUUACAAUUAAUAUUGCUAAUCUUGCAGUUUCAUUUUCAUAUGAGUAGUCCAGCUAGGGAGAGCUGGGCUGCACGUGCCUUGGUGACUGGUUUUGGUCAGACCACUCAAAAGCAGUUUGACCAAGAAUCCAGGACUAUGCCCACUGCAACCACUUUGAGCAUGUCGCGGUUUAUGGUGCUUAAUCUGUUCUUAUAAAUGCAGAGUGGGUGACUCAUCAAGUCAGGCACUGUGUGCAGUAAUAACAUAUUGCCUUAUUUAUUCUUUCUGUAGAUACAUGAACUAUGGCUUCCAGACAUUGGUAAACCGCAAAUCCUAUAGAACAUUAAUACAAGAAUUUUAACAAAGAUUAAAAACGGUUUAUUAAUAAAAUAUGUAGUACCCCAAGCUGCUUGUCUUGUAGAUGUACAUGGCUGCCAUCAGAGUUGUUUUGUAAAGGAAAGAAAAUGUUUGAUACUACUGCCGAAAGUUAUAUUAAUGUAUAUAUUUUUUUCAAGUUAGAAAUAAAGAAAUUGUAUGAUAUACUGUGUAAUAAAUGGGCAAAUGUUUUGAUAAGACUACAUGGUGGAGAAAUAAAACCUUUUGAAGUUAGCCUUUUCCAUGGAAUCAGAUUUGUCAUUGUUGACAUACUUGCACGGCUCAAGAUUGACUAAGGGCUGUGAUUCUUUUACCAAAAGUUUUACCAAAAGUUGUUUUUACUUGACAUGUCCGGCAUGUGAAAUCAGUUACCUUACUCACUACAUUGCUGUAUACAUUCAACUGUGUUUACAGGGGUGAGGGAUUAAGGAAAUGUCACUUCCAGGGAAGUGACAUCUCUGCUUUAUUUGUGAUUAUAUUGCUUAUGAAAAGUGUGUAACUUGUAAGAUAAAUAAUCUUGUUUAUGUAAACAAGUAUGAACAUGGUCAUCAAAUAAUGAAAAACUGGUUUAUCACUAACCUUUUUCAUAGAAAGCAAAAUUACUGCUCCCAGCCAAUUAAUUUGAACCCAUUAAAUACCAGCAACAUAUUCGGGGUUAACCGAGAUUCAUUUUUCAGAGCCGAUACUGAUGUUGAUAACUGGUACAGCUAUUCUGCACGUUUAAAGUUUUCAAAGUAACACAAUCUCUACACAAAUGUACCAUUACCUGAACACAUGUUUUUGUUUUAAAUUUAAAACAUAGCGGUACUCUUAUAAUUUAAAUUAUUUUGCAUAUUAUGUAGACUUUUUUUAUUCCCAUAUGAGGAAUCCAGCAAGGGAGGGUAGAGCAUGACUUUGGGUUUGGUCACACUACCCAAAAGCAAUUUAACCUAGAAUCUGUUAAAAUAUAUAUAGAUGUAGACGACCUGAGAAAGAGGAAUAAAAUAUACCACCUAGGAUUUUCUCAUCCUUAAUGGGUAGUAUAUUUUAUUCCUCAUCCUCUGGUCCUAUACCAGAGGCCUGGGAGUAUGAGAGUUCUGCGCAGUAUCUGAGGUGUUCAGAGAACUGCACUUUUCUGGACAACAAUCUCAGAUGUCCCACCUGCAGUCUGUUGAAGCCACACACCCAAACUGGGAGUCACAGCCCUGAGUGCUCCAUUCACAACUGGUACUACUACAUCCUUUCUAGCUCUUCUUUCAGUUCUUGGCAGUUGUCCAUCUUCUCAUGUUCCUUCUUCCUGAUGUUAUAGUCAGUGGGUAUUGCCACAUUUACAACAACUGCAGUCUUCUUCUUGUUUACCACCACAUUGUCAGGUUGUUUGGCCAGUACAUGUCUGUCUGGAUCUGGAAGUCCCACAGGAUCUUAUCCCUAUCAUUCUCAACUACCUGCUGUGGUAUCGCCCAUCUGAGCCUAGGCAGGUUCAGCCCAUAUCCUGAGCAGGUGUUUUGGUUCACAAUCCCAGCAACUUGGUUGUGUCUUUCAGCGUAUGCUGUUCCUGCUAACAUUCUUGCAACUGGCAACUAUUUGCUGGAUUGUCUCUGAGGCCUCUUUGCACAGUCUGCACCUUGGGUCUUGCCUCUGUGGCAGACCCUUACCGCUAUCAAUCUGGUGUUGAGUACCUGUUCCUGCGCUGCUAGGAUUAAUGCCUCAGUGCUGUCUUUCAGUUGUGCCUUUUUCAACCACUGGUAGGAUUUUGUCAUGUGAAACACAUCCACUAUCUGCUGGAGGUACACCCAAUGGAGAGGGUUUUCUUGCCAUGGAACCUCCUCCUUUUCUGCAUCCUCCAUCUAUUGGCAUUCCCUUAGCACUUCAUCUUUGGGAGCCAUCUUUGUGAUGUAGCUAGGGCAAGAGAUGCUGCUUAGAUGAGUAAGGUUUGUAAUAUCAUUGCUGUCCUGAAGAACAAGGGAAAUUCUUUUUUUUAUUAAAUGUUUUUAUUUGCUAGCACAUUGUAUAAACUAAAUGUAAUGUACAUAACAUCUAGCUAAAUGUGUGUUAAUAACAGGCACACAUAAUCAGUGUUCCAGUGAAGUACUAAAUGUACUAAGAUUUCCCCCCCCCACCCCCUUAAUCAUGGAUUAAAUUAAUCUCAAAUUUUCAGUGCUAUUACUGCAAGAGAUUUGCAUCACUGCAAAUUUGAGUCUUCUGUGGGAAAAGCUAGUCUUAUGGUUUGACUGGUGUGUGCAGAUCCUUGUUUAACAAUGUAUUGACUAUCCAAUGACUUUAGAUGGAAGGGGUUUUCAGUCACUUUUUGCCCCCACGAUAAGGAUCUUGUAAUACAUUUGUUUUACCCAUUAAAACAUUGUGACUCAAAAUGUACACUGGCCAUAAAUAAACAAAGAAGCAAACCCGUUUAGUAGUAAUUUCAUUAUGCAUGUUAUUUCAUUGGUAGACUUUUGGUUUGAUGUGCUUUCAUUAUGAGUUUUCCAGUUGUAAUACGUUUUACCUGUCCACCUUUUUCUGAUUUUUUUUUUUUUUUUUAAUUUGGUUUACAUCCAUAACCAAUAGGAGAAGCUCUGUAUGUGUACUCGCAUGACUUUGCGUGCGCAUAAUUUUUCUUUGGUAAAGUGCCAGUAAUGGACACUUUCUUAUUUUUUUAUUUAUUUUAUUUUUUUUUUUUUUAAUAAAUUCUUUUAAUUUUUCACAAAUACAAAUAGACAUAAAACAAACAUUCAUACCCAUGUCUAAGGCAAAGGAAAGGUUUUUGUACUGUAAGAACAAUCAGGAUGUGGAAUUCUCAGCCUGAAGUGGUUUUAUCAAACAGCUACUAGAUGCAUACUUGCAAAAACAGAAUAUUCAAGGAUAUAAUCUUUCAAUGUAGGGUAAUAACUGCUUGAUUCAAGGAUCAAUCUGCCAUUCUGGGGUCAAGAAGGAAUUUUUUUCCUAGCUUGUUGCAAAAUUGUGCUUCAAACUGGGUUUUUUUUGCCUUCUUUUAGAUCAACAGCAAAAAACAAAUGUGAGGUAGGCUGAACUUGAUGGACGCAAGUCUCUUUCCAGCUAUUUAACUUUGUAACAUCUUUGUUAUAUUCUAAAUAAUUAUUCAAAUAUAUUAAAACAUGCAUAAAAAAAACUACAUAACAGAAGAAGCUGUUUUGGCCCAGGUGCUAUUAUAUCUUAAAGUUCAAUUAGGGUCCUACUCUAUUUUGUUAACCCAAUCUUGCCAAAAAAUGUCUUUUUGGAGCAUUCAUGAAUGGGAUGCUUAGAUCUCUUUCCAUCUUUAUCUGGACUUUAAUUUGUUCUUUAAUGGGUUCCCAUGCAAACUCUUGGUUAUUUUUUUCAGUUUCGUGCCAAUAUAGUUUUAUAAGCAAUAAAACAAUGUAUAAUAAAAUUCUGAUGUUUGAAUGACAUAUUUGGCCAAUGCAUAUGCAACAAUGCAACUUCAGGUUUUCUAUCUAACAUUAUUCCAGUCUUAUCCCUAAUAAAUCUAUAUAAUUUUAUUACAUUCUGAAUAUUCGGGCAGCUCCACCAAAUGUGGAGAAAUGACCCCUCCUCCUUGUCGCAUCUCCAACACUUUGCCGAAGCACCUGGAUACAUCUUAGCUAAUCUUUUUGGAACCAGAUACCACCUAUUCAUACGUUUAUAAUAAAUUUCUACUAAGUUCAAACAUUGUACUUGGUUACACGUGUUAUUGAUUGUCUUACACCAAAUGUUGCUGAUCUAAUAAACAAUUAAGAUAUUUUUCACAUUUGUUCUUUUGGGGAAAGCUUAAUGAAUAAUGUUUCUAAUAACCUCUAUUGAUUUUGCUAAAGCCUUUGGGACGACCUCCCUUGAGAAAAGGAAUUAUAAAAACUUUAGGGAUCUCAUAGUAUCCCUGGAGAGGUGUUUCAGCAAGCAGUUCCUGACUCUUAAAUAUGCAAACCUCUCAGUAUCGGGUAACUGGGAUGUUUGCACAAUAGAUUUGAAUGUCAUUAACUUAUCUUGAAUUAGUAUCUGUGACGCUUUGUAUAUUCCUUAGUCUUUCCAUCCAACCAGGGAUACAUUUUCCACAUUUACCUCUAUCUCUAAACUUGAGGAAUCAAAAAUUGCAUAUCUAAGACCUAUUUUUAAUUUUAUUUCUUCCCAGACCGGAAAUAACUGGGCCCGUAUUAUUAAUAUUAAUACCCAUUUUUUUUUUCAAUUCCAAAUCAAGCCCUCAGUGUGUUUAAGACCCAAAUCUUUCAUUUCUAUUUUAAAGGACCACUAUAGUGCCAGGAAAACAUACUCGUGCCUCCACCCUCAGGGACCCCCUCCCGCCUGGCUCUGGAAAGGGGAAAAGGUGUUAAACUUACCUUUUUCCAGCGCUGGGCGGAGAGCUCUCCUCCCCGUCGGCUGAAUGCGCACGCGCGGCAAGAGCUGCGCGCUCAUUCAGCCGGUCACAUAGGAAAGCAUUCAUAAUGCUUUCCUAUGGACGCUGGCGUGCUCUCUCUGUGAAAAUCACAGUGAGAAGCACGCAAGCGCCUCUAGUGGCUGUCAAUCAGACAGCCACUAGAGGGUUAGGGGGAAGGCUUAACCCAUUCAUAAACAUAGCAGUUUCUCUGAAACUAUGUUUAUGAAAAAAUGGGUUAACCCUAGCUGGACUUGGCACCCAGACCACUUCAUUAAGCUGAAGUGGUCUGGGUGCCUAGAGUGGUCCUUUAAGCCAGCCUUCAUCCUUAGCUGUUACUGUCUGAGAUCUAUAGAAAUGGACAAUUACAUUCGCCCAAUACAUAAAUCUUAUAUUAGGAAAAUUCAGUCCCCCAUCUUUUGUUUUCAAGGAUAAAGUAUUUCUACAAAUUCUAUUUUUUUUUCCUUUUAUUAAUAAAGUUUUCCAAGAUAUUUUGCAAUAUUGUUAACCAGCUAUCAGGCAUUUUGAGAGGUAACAUUUGGAAUAAGUAAUUCCAUUUAGGGAUAAUAUAAGAAUUAAUAACAUUAAUGCGACCUGCCCAAGUAAUCUGUAUAUUUCGCCAAGUUGUAAUGGACAUUUUCUGAGCAGUAAUUAACCCCUUAAUUUCCAGACAUUAGACAAAUUCUUUUGUAUCUUAAAACGUGUGGCAUGUUCAACUAUGUUGUUGUCCAGCUAAAGACUUUUAAAUAUACGUGACUAGUGGCAUUGUAUGUUUCUUAAUAACCUGCUUUAUUCAGCCGUUCAUCUCCUCUGCCCCUUGUUACUAACUCCUGAGAAGACCGGUUUGGCUUAAUUGUAGGCAAAUAAUGACUUGCCUUCACACAGAAAAAUGAGAUGGAGAAUGUUCUUCAAAAGAGGGUUGGGCAAUUGGAAUUGUAUUUCAACAACAUCAUGAAGGCUGCAGGUUUGCCAGCCUUGCUUUGAAUCGUACUUUACCAUUAUUACUCCUCCUUUGUUUUUCUUUUUCAGUGGAUUUUAAAAAAAAUAAAAUAAAAUGUCCUUACCUCAAAAUGUAUUCUAUCAGUGCAACUAUUGCAGAAUAUGCCUAUAAUGGAAUAGGUAUAUUCUGCAAUAGUAUAUAUUUUCCAAUUUUUAUUUAACACAUAAAAACGAAAUCUUGUGGUCUGUUUUCCACGAUGAACGACUGGGUAUCAUGUAAAAUUAAAGGGACACUAUAGUUACCAAAACAACAGCUUAAUGUAGUUGUUCUGGUAAGUAUAUUCCUUCCCUGCAGGCAUUUCCAUGUAAACACUGCCUUUUCAGUGUGUAAAAUCUGUAAUUGUUUUUCUCCUUUGUGCAUAUUGUUAUACCAUGCCUUCUGUCCUUAUCCCAGCUGCUGUAUGCAUCCAAUUAAAAGGGACCCUCCGUGCACCAUCUAAACCUAUGGCAUAAGAAGACCAGCUUGCACAAAGUUAUGUAUAGCUGCAGUAAUUGUGAAAAAAAUACUGUUGCUGUAAGCCCACUUACUAAACAACACAUGCCUCAAGAGGAAUAUAUACUUACUCCCCUGCUCAGCCAAAUAUUUACGCGGCGUAUGAAUGCAAUUCAAAUAGAAUUCUCAUUACAGACUUCUUUAACAUUUACGGUUACGAAGCCUAAGCUAAGCCGGUUAACAUUGAAAAGCCUGCAGGGAAUGGCUAUAGAAACCAGAACCACUACAUUAUACUGUUAACUAUAAUGUCCCUUUAACAUAUAGGAUGUACGCAAAUGAAAUCUGAAAAUAAAAUGUCACUUAUAGAUUUGUUUAACCGUUUAAAGACCAAGGAUCUCUUGAGAUGCAAUGAUAUUGUGACCAAUAAGGUUUUGCCAUAAGUUCAUCCAUUCUGUUUAAGUGCGCCCAUAAAUUAGAGAUCUGCACUGCGUGACGGCAUAGGCAGUCAUGUUUUCCUUAAGGGGUUAAUAUUAAUAAGUUGAACUGUAGGACCGUCAGAAUGCAGCUCGGGUCCCAUGGCCAGUCUUUGUCAGGACAGUUACCCAAAACUAUGGAUUGUCCCAGGAACUAAAGUUGUACUGACAACCUUUUAUUGUGAGUAAUAUCAGAUCUGUGCAUAUUUUUAUAAAGUACGCAAGGAAUAAAACAAAUAUUUCCCAUAAGCGACAAAGUUUUGUUUGCAGUUGUGUUCAAACUGCUUGGGAGCACACUACACUGUCUGCCUACAGAGAGACUCUUCUAGUUAAAGGAGGAAGAACAGAUACAGAAAGACUGGCAAAAUUACAUAAAGGAAAAGCAGCAUAAGACCUUUUCAAACCGCAGGGAGAGAAACAUGUCUGUGCAGAUACAGUUCAAAACAGCUGAAUUUAUCAUUACUGUGACCAGCGUGGUUAUAUUUACUUCCUAAAUGGUAAUUUGUUUAGUUAUUUAAAAUGCCCCCAGGACCAGUGAUAGGUCCUAAUUGUUACAGUCCAGACACAUCAUUGGUCCUACACUGGCCAAGUAUACAUUUUACAAAUGAACCAUUCUUUCUACACAAAGCAUCAAAUAUUUUAAUAGUGUAUUGAUGUUUGUUAUACAUUAAUAUAUAGAAUAAUAAUCUUUUGUCAUAGUUGGCAUAUUUAGGGUUAAUGCUGGUGUUUAUAUUGUAAUACCACAAACAUUUGAAUACUUGGCAGGAAGCUUUCGUGGCUGUAAAUAUUGUUCAUGGGAUGUGGCUUUUACCACAGGUAGUAUGAGUAUUUUUUUAUUUAAUUUUUUUGUUAUUUUUCUUUCUAUACCUCAGAACUUUGCACAAUACCACCUAUCUUGGUGGAUUUAAUCUUAGUCAGGUGUAUUGCGUUUCAUAAUUACCAGUAUUUAAUUUAACACAAUGUUGGCUAAUAGAUAUGUAUAGAUAGUAUGUUGAAGUGUACUCUGUGAAGAGCUUUUCCCUCCUUGGUGUCUGUAAGACGUUUCUUACAAGCCCAGACAUGUUUUCUUAUAUAUUCACUAAAUGGCCAGUUGAUAAAUUUCAGUUGGUAAAGCUUAUUUUGCAAUUCCAAUUCUGUCCUACAUUUUGAAGUGUUUACAUUCCUGCUUACCGUUAAGGUAUACCAGUCAUGCUGGAAUAACUCUCACUGUUAUGUCUUUUUCAUAAAGAUAGAUAUUUCCGGUGAAGGCAUACAUAAAAUAACACUCUGGGCAGCAAAAAUUGAAGUGUGUGUCAUUUUGUCCUCCUAUUAAUGCAAAGUUUUGUUCACAUUCAAAUGUGAUUUGAAAAAAAUAAAAUGUUUUCUUGCUUUAUACAUUGACACUAUGACUAUGCCCUUAGCCAUACCCUCUCUUUUCACAAAGCAACUUUCUCAUUAGAUAAUUUCAGAGUAUGUACGUAAUCAAUGAGAAAACCGUUUGAGCUGAGUUGAUGACAUCACUGCCCUACAGCUAAUUAUAGGAGGAUACUAAUUGGCUGUGGGGCAGAAUCAAGUCUGCGGCUGUUAUUAUUCAUUGGGUUAUCCGGCUCAAAGCUUUAACAUUAUCUGCCUUAGCCAUACACCUCCAGUUGGGUUCAGGCUGUAGGUGGCCAGCAACCCUUAUUUAAAGGGACACUCCACUGCCCAAAUACAAAAUACAAAUCACUGUUUAGUGAUAUACCCCAAAUGAAAACCAUCAUGCAUUUAUUUAUGAAUUGGAGUUGAAUCUAGACAGCUUGCAAAAACUACAGAUCUCUUGUCUGCAGCAUUUGCAAAUCCUCCUCUUCUAAUCCCGCCCAGACUUUCUGUGACGGUUCAGUCAAAGACUUCCCAAUGCAGCUCAACGAGAAGUCUUUGCAAGGCAGGUGCUCUGGGCAAUUGCUGCCUCUUGAGUUCAGUGCAUCUCAGAUAACCAAACCAGGAAGUAACUGGAUCUGUUUGAAAAGCCAGCGGGGUGUAACAUGUAUAAUUUAUAAAUGUGUAACUUUCUAUUGAAAUCUGCACAUUUUGCAAAAUUAAAAAAAAAAAAAAUAGAACACACAAAAAAAGAGAACACAUUCUUAACACAGAAAGCUUUUCAGCAAGCUAAAGUGCUUUACGGGUCUGGAGUGUCCCAUUAAAGGGAUAAUCUAGGGCUAGGAAUACAAAGUUGUAUUCCUAACACUAUACUUCCCUCUGCCCUCCCCCCUCGCACAGCUAGCCAAACUAAAAAACAAAUCUCCCCUCUACCUGUCUGUCCUUCAAUGAAGUCAGAUAAGUACAGGUACUUUUUUUUUUUUUCCCCCUCUUUCUUCUGGCAGGUGGCAUGCUAUGUCAGGGGGGAACUCUGGUGCCAACCACUGUUUUUGGCUUGUGGAGAGCAGUGAACCUUGGAAAAAAAAUCCCUGAUCUAUGGUGGAAAGCAUACGACUGUCGCAAGUUCCAUUAAUGCUGUAGGAAAUGGGCUGCGUUGACAGGAAGCAAGGAGAAGAAACAUUUGGAAAGAGCUGCAAUACUCCAUCGUGAAUAUGAUGAACUUGCGCGGAGACGAUCUCACUGCUUGGUGGCAAAAUUUGAAUUUGGCUUCUGUUAAAGCACUUCUGUUGCCAAAUUGAAGUGUGCUGCUCUACCUGCCCCAGAUGCUGCUUUCAGCUUGGAUUUUGGGUUAAUGAAAAGUGUUUUCUCUCCUUUACUACUGUGAGGGUUUGCACUUCUGGCAUAUAACAUUUAUUGCAGUUUUUAAUAUUGGCUAUUUUCUGUUCUGGAAAAAGUUCUUUACAUGCAUGGAUACAACAACCGCAGCUCUCAAAUUCUAUCCUACUUAUAACAUUUCAAGUCUGCAUAUAUCCUGUUUUUUUUUUUUUUUUAAAUGUGUACUGUGAGGGGUUUCCUGAGGAUAUUGAGUUCAUGCUUUUCUUUCUCUUAAUUGCUGAAUACUGCCCAAAUAAACCACUAUCACUGCACUGAGUUUGGCUAAAUCCCAUUGUUCAAUUUUUUUUUUCUUGUUUUUAUUUUAAUUUGCUCAUUUAAAAGUGAUUCAUUCAUUGGAAUUAAAACCCUUUAGUUAUUCUAAUUGUGCUUUGAUUCUGCAAACGAGCAUGUUGCUAAUGUACGAUUUUAUUUUUAUAUAGAUCUGUGAGCAGUUUUUGUGUAACGUGUUUUUUUUUUUUUUGAUAACUUAGUUUCACAAUUUGAAUGGAACUCUGCUUAUGCUCUGCCAAUUAACAGAGCUCUUGAGCUGUUGUAGUAAGUGUCCCCCUCCAAUGUAAGUGGUCAAAUUGUUAUGUAAUGGUCGGCCUUAUGCUGCUCCCAGCCUGUCUGCAGAUGGGCGUGAGAGCUGGAGCUUCUGUUAGCUCUCCUGAGCUAAGCUUUAGGGGCAGCAGACCACUCUUAGCCAAUGAGGUAAGACCUGCCCCACUGCGGCAGACAGUGGAUGCACUCUGUAAAUCCUCUUCUAUGAGAAGCAUUCUUUGGCAUCCUCUUGCUGUGCACGAGAACACUGAAUGUGAAGGCUUACUUAUUUUUCCAGUAUUUUUCAGUCACUUGAGAAGUGUUCUUUAACAAAUGUAACCAUUGCUCUUUUCCGAAAUUUGUGUUUUACAUUGCAAAGUAAGAAGACAGACGCUAUACACCAAAUCAACUACAUUAAGAUGUUGUUUAAAAGUGGUUUGUCAGCUUACCUGGUGUUAGAUGUUCACCACCUGUGGUGGACCGCCAGUAUAUUGCUGCCACAGAUUUCCUUUCCCAAAGUGAAGUACCGUAGGUCUAUAGUCCAUGAGCAUAAAUAUCGCUGGCACAGCCUUUCCUCCACACAUUAGUCGAGACUGGAUGCUGGGUGUAGAUCAGUUUUAAUUCAGGCAAGCACUCUCAAUUUAUACAUACAGUAAACUCCUCCCUGUGCUUGAGAGAUAGUUGAGUCAGGAAAAUUACAACUCCAUUAUCUCCCAGGCACAGAAAAAUAUAAAAAAUUAACACCCCAAAAGUACCCCCUAAAAUCCAUGGAAACCCCUCGAGACUCACAUCCCCAGAUAGCCCUGAUCUGAGUGCUUAACAUAUCCAAAAAGCACUCGGAUCGGUUCAGUGGCAUGGAAUUUCCAUCGAGGUACAGUUUUGACCGGCCGGCCACAAGGUGGAAACCCCAAAAUAGUUCCAGUGAAAUCGUGGCCCGUCUCAGUUCAAGAGUUUUUAUAUGAAAGCCAUGUACAAUGCUCCCCUCAGUCGGUCGUUUUAUAUCUCCCAAACAUCGUUCGUAUAGAUCAAGCAUGUCAAAUUCAAAGGCUAGCACAGGACAAAUAAAUUUUCAUAGAAACGUAGGUUUGUUUUAAAAAGUACAGUAUAGAAAAACAAAACUGCAUCCCCCUUGACAAAUUUGCUUGAAAAUCUAGGAGCCAGCAAAAAAAAGUUAGGAGCCAGGUUUUUCAAUGCUAUGCCAAUUAACAACAGCUCCAGAGCUGUUGUAGUAAUUGUCCCCGUCCAGUGUAAGUGGUCAAAUUGUUACAGCUUAAUGGAGUUGUUCUCGUGUCUAUAACCUGUCCCUCCACAAUUUUCAAUGUAAACACUGCCUUUACAGAGAAAAAGCAGUAUUUACAUUGUUGUAUAGUAACACUUCUAGUGAAAGUCACUCUAGAAUGCAUCCUGAGUCAGUGCUGCACAGUACGCAGCACCUACAUUUAGUGUCUCUACGCUCUGUAUGAAGGCGCUGAAUGUUCCCCAUAGAGAUGCAUUAAUGCAAUGCAUCUCUAUGAGGAGUUGCUGAUUGGUGCAGCAUGGCGUUUUGACACACAUCCGCAAUAGCCUCCCAAUGCUUUCCUACGGGAAAGCAUUGGAUUGCCUGAGAUCAUUAAGAUUGAUGAUCGCAGUCAUGGAGGAAGAGCCAGCUGCGGUGAGAACAGCACAGCGUGGGGGGAAAAGUGAUUAAAAACCAAAAAACCCUUACCCAUGUGAAUGGAGGGGGACCGGUCACACACACUUGUUCACUAACACACUCACUGACACACACACACUUUCACUGCAAUAACACCACCACCCAGCAUCCCUAGCUGGAGUGGUUUGGCUUUCUCUGGGGUCCAGUGGGUCUUCAGUCAUCUCACUGCUCUGCUCAGUUGAGUGCUGUUUAGUGAUACGGGGCCAGAAUUACGUCAUAUUCUGGCAUGACUUCAGGACGCGCGAGAGAGCAGGGAGGUUGCAGCUCCCUUGUGCACCUGCCUGUCUGCCUUAAUCCUCCAGGAGCCUCCCGUGGGCACAUCCCACCCUCUUUACAUUAGCUGGCCAGCCGACCGACCGCACAUGCCUUCCCUUUAGCUGGCCAGCCGACCGACCGCACAUGCCUUCCCUUUAGCUGGCCAGCCGACCGACCGCACAUGCCUUCCCUUUAGCUGGCCAGCCGACCGACCGCACAUGCCUUCCCUUUAGCUGGCCAGCCGACCGACCGCACAUGCCUUCCCUUUAGCUGGCCAGCCGACCGACCGCACAUGCCUUCCCUUUAGCUGGCCAGCCGACCGACCGCACAUGCCUCGGUAUUACUCUCUGACAGACACACACACUUGCUCUCUGACACACACCCCACCACCACCACCUCUGUUAUUUCUCCACCUCCUUGGCUGAGUUCAUCAGAAUUGAUGAGCUCAGCCAUUCCAACUCUUUAUGGGAAAGCACAGAGAGGCUAAUGUGCACAUGCUGUAAAAUGCUGCACUGGCCAAUCAGCAUCUCAUUAUAGAGGUGCAUUGCAUCAAUGCUUGUCUAUAGGGAUAGUUGCAGGGACAUGCUAUUUUCACCAGAACUACAUUUAGCUGACAAUAAUUACUUGAUUGUUUUUACAGUGAGGAACCAGUUAGACUACACAUAUUCCAGAUCAAAAUUUUUCUAUCUAUUUUACAUACAUAAAAAGUAGUGUGACUGUCACUUUUCUGGAAGUGACCUUUCCUCAAUACCUUGUCACAGAAAAAUAAGCAUUUACUGUGGUGAAAAUAGCAUCAUAAAUAAAGGGGGGAAAAAGGCAUUUCUUCUAUCAUGAUGUAUAUCUGUGUGGCACUGCUGGGGUUAAAUUCUUUACAGGCAUGUGCCUAGCACAUCUAGACUUUCACUACCAAACCAUAAGCGCAUCCCAAAGAUUGCUUUUAGUUAAAGGGAUGCUAUAGUCACCCAAACAACUUUAGCGUAAUUUAGUGGCUUUGGUGUGUAGAUCGUGCAUCUGCAGGUUCACUGCUCAAUUCUCUGCCAUUUGUGAGUUAAAUCACUCAGCUUUUCUGAGAAGAAGAGUGUGGAAGUGAAUCUUGCUGACCGCUGCAGAAGGAUUUGACUUUGGGUGCCAAGGAGAGUUCUGAAUUUUGACAGAAAAAGUUUGUGGGGAUGACACCCAAAGAUUCUUUGAACUAUAGCAGCAACAAUGGGUCGUAUUAGUUAUGAUGCAUAUAGUGUGUCCAUCUUUUGUGGUGUCAAAUAAUUUUGCAGAUGAUUUUGAAGUGUCUUCACAAUUUAGAAAACUGUUUACUACUUUACACACUCCUAGACUUUUUUAUUUAAUGUGAACCUGAAUUAUGUUUUUAAUUUAAAGUUUUGUAUUAUUUGUGGCUUUUUUUCAUUGUGUAUUCCUAACACUAUAGUGCCCUAGUCACUGUUUAGGUGAGCAGGCCAACGCUGCCAGUGUUCAAAAAAAUUUGAUUUUACUUAUGUUUUCUCUUGCAGUGCUGGUUGAGAAUAUCAAUGUUGAUAAACUCAACCUAUCCAUUUCUUUCCUAUAGGAAAGCUUUGGAAGGCUCGUGCAAAUGCGCGUUAAAACGCAGCACUGCGAAAAUCAAAUGGUCUUUCUAAGACCAUCUGAUUGUGUUGGUUUCUUUCUUUGCUUUUUCCCUGCAGUGCAUUUAGUGCACUAUAACCACUAUUAGAGACAGACUAACCCUGCAAAGAAAGCCAAGCUGUUCCUUCAACACAGCAAUAUUUUAAUUUGCCAGGUUAUAAAGGGGGCACAUGGCAUCCAGACCACUUCACUGAAAUUUACAGUAGGUAAAACCCUAAAAAUUAAACACGUUUUUGUCUCUAUUUAUAUUCGUUGCAUAUAAUUGAAACAAACUGGAUGUCCUCAAUGAUAUUUUGUUCUUUGAAUUUUUCAGGUGGUAUCAUGGCAAGCUGGAUAGGACUAUUGCUGAAGAGCGCCUUUAUCAAGCCGUCAGGACUGGAAGCUAUCUUAUUAGAGAAAGUGAUCGUAGGCCGGGCUCAUUUGUGCUAUCCUUCCUUAGUAAAACCAACGCUGUUACCCAUUUUAGGUAAGCAACAGGUACAUGUGAGGCCUUUAGUUAUCUGUUUCUUACCUGUCCAUCUUUAUAUCAUCCUAACUACAAAUGUAUCCAAAUGGUACCUUAAAUAGCACCACCAUUUUUUUAUUUAUUUUUUAUUCUCUCGCUUUUUUUUUUUUUUUUUUAUAUCUUUAUUACCAGAUUUUAUGGCUUUUUUAUGGCUAUUUAACUAGAACAUAUUUUACACAUUGCAUAUAAAGUUUUUGUUACAUGAACACUCCAUGUGGGUGGUUGCCUUUUGGGGGGGAGGAGGGAGAAAGUUAGAUUGCUUUAGCUACAGGAACAGUUUUUGCAGAUACUGUUAGACCUCUUCUUUUUGUCCAUUGCAGACUUUGUGCUGGAUAUUGUCCACUCAGACAUCUCAUUGAAAAGUCUUGCAGAUAGACCAUGUAUGCAGUUGACAUGCCAACCAUGUACUUCUCAGCGAGCUGCAUUGUGGAGUGUAUGAACUAAAAGAUUGAUGUAACACCUCAACUGCACUUUGAGCAGGACACUGACACUAACUAGUUAAUUUCUAUUGAAACCUGCUCUUUUCGUAAAUUUAAAAAAAAGGACACACUCAAACAUAAUGCUGUUCAGCAAACUAAUGUGAUUUAGAGGAGGGAGUGUUUAUUUAAGAACUGUGGACACAGUUGAAAUGACCAGUAGUCUAAUUUUCAUUUACAGUAUUUGACUUCAUAUUUAUAGAGCCAUGCCCUUUUCUGUGUCAUUGUUUUGUUCAGUGUGCAUAAACUUACAAUAUACAUUAUGUUGAAAGCUAGAAAAUCCUAAUUUGUGAAAUGCUUGUUUCUGUAGGAUAAUAGCAAUGUGUGGGGACUUUUACAUCGGAGGGCGACGAUUUUCCUCACUGUCAGACCUUAUAGGAUACUAUAGUCAUGUGUCAUGUUUGCUAAAAGAAGAGAAGCUUCUUUUUCCUGUUGCACCUCCAGAGGUAAGUAGUAUUUAUUAUGUAGAAAAAUAAAUUGAAUAAUGCUUGAUUUGAAUGCUGUCUAGACCAGAUAGAAUGUGGAAUAUGAUACAAUUUAAAUUUUUGAAAUAAGUUAUAAAGUGUAAAUAAGCCAGGGAACAUUUGUCAUGUGUUGAGUUGCCUUAGCCAAUUGUGACUUAAGCCCAGACCAGAGACGACUCUUUAACAGGAUUAGGUAGUUGUGUCCACACUGCAUUACGUUCAUUAAAGGACCAAAACUGACAGCAACACAGCUUAAUUGUGUUUGAUAGGGUUUGGCUUCACUGUUUAUUUUUGUAAAACAUAUUUUUAAAUUUAUAUAUAUAUAUAUAAAAGUAGGGACUACUAUCCUUUUUGCAUAAGUUAAGUGGACAAAACUUGCCAAUGUUCAGCGCUUAAAUUUUCACUUCUCAUUUUUCAAAAGUUUUUAAUCAGCAAGAUAUAAGAAUAGAAGGAAUGAAAACCAAAAGGGGAAAAUACAGCACUGUUUUAAGUUGUUUUUGUGCUUGGCGUGUCUAUUUGUGUUUUCAGACAUGUGAAUCAUCUUCUGUAUUUGUGUUCGUUAUUGAUUGUACAUAAGCCAGCAGCUAAUAAUCUUCCAAUAUGUUGCUAAACUAUGUUUAUUCUCCAUGAGCCUUUGGGUAGCCAGGGCAUAGCUGCAGAUCAUUUAGUUAUAUUUCAUUAUAUGUGGCAUGUUUCUGCCUUCCAUCAUAGAAUAUCAAAUCUGUGUGUGCAGCGUUUCUGCUUGGAACACUGCACAUACAGAUAUUACAGAGAUAUUGGAACUUUUGUGGCGGAGCUAGCUGCUACCCUUUGCACUUACGACUUAGGCAGCCAAGCUAUAUGUGAAUGACCCAUCAGAUGGCGAUAGGAUAUUAACGCUCACUGAGUUUUUUUCUUAUAAGAGCUCACUGAUAUGGGUUCAAGUCAUUAAAAGCAAUGAGUAAUUGGUUACAUACUUGGCAAUUCACAAAUUUCACUUUAUCAAUCCCUAUAGGAUAUUUAAAAAGCAUAUCUAGCACUAUCCUCUUAUGAAGCAUCAUAGCCACCAUUGUACAAUAAUUAGUACAGCACAAUGGUUUGCUCUUUAAAUGUUACUUUCAAUUGUUAAUUUCAUGCAUAAAAUGUUUGAUUUAAGAUUGCAUUUGCUUCUUUUAGCCUGUGGAAGACAGACGGAGAGUUCGAGCCAUUCUUCCUUACACUAAAGUGCCAGAUACAGAUGAAAUUAGGUAAUGUUUGACGAGGCCAUAUGUUAUAUGUAGAAAGUUAGUGAUUACCUUUAAAAAAUUAAAUGUCUUUCUUUCUUUAUAUUUUCUGUUAAUUUGCACAAAUUUAUUGUAGCUAUUCCAUGUUUUAUUUUAUUGGACUGAGCCAAACGAGUGGAUUUUAUAGCUAUUACUGUAUAUCCGUGUUUAAAGGAACACUAUAGUGUCAGGAAUUAUUAUUAUUAUUGUUAUUUAUAUAGCGCCAUCAAAUUCCGCAGCGCUGUACAACGGGUGGACUAACAAACAUGUAGUUGUAACCAGACAAGUUGGACACACAGGAACAGAGGGGUUGAGGGCCCUGCUCAGUGAGCUUACAUGCUAGAGGGAGUGGGGUAAAGUGACACAAAAAGGUAAGGAUAAUGUUAGACUAGUGACAGUUGCAGAAGAGGAAUCAGUCGGGAGCUAUUCCAACAUGUAUUCCUGACACUACAGUGGUAAAAGCUCUGGUUAGGUGUCUAGCCACUGUUGCCUGCCUUUAAUUUGCUCACCUUAUUUUCAGCUCUGCACAGGCUGUCACUCGCGCCACUCCACCUCCUUGGCUGAAAUAAUCAAUUUUGACGAUCACAGCCAAUGGAAGGCUAUUUAGCAUGCGUGGCAAAAUAUAGCACUGCACCAAUCAGUAUCUCCUCAUAAAGAUGCAUUGAAUCAAUGGAUUUCUAUGCUUCUCCAUGUAGAGUGGAGACGCUUGACGUGAUUAAGUAAGAACCUCUAGUGGCUGAGUGACUGCCACUUGAGGUGUUUCUAGGCACUAAUGUAAACACAGUGUUUAAAUUAAAAAGCAUGCAGGGACAGGCUGUAGACACUAGGGAAUCGACCGAUAUUGAUUUUUUAGAGCCGAUACCGAUAUUCUGUGAACUUUCAGGCCGAUAGCCGAUAUAAUUUGCCGAUAUUCUGUACAUUUUCCAUUUUGGAAAAUAAAAACUAUUUCUAAAGGUAAAUGCACAAAAUAUACAUGCCACGUGUAGUGGAUGCAGUGUGUUUAGACAGGGGAGCUGUUUGUGUAGUGGAUGCAGUGUGUAGUUUGUGUAGUGGAUGCAGUGUGUAGUUUGUGUAGUGGAUGCAGUGUGUAGUUUGUGUAGUGGAUGCAGUGUGUGUUUGUGUAGUGUGUGUUGUGGAUGCAGUGUGUAUAUAAUGAAAGCAGAGUGUAUAGUGUGUGGUAGUGGGCUUGUAAAGAGUCUGGUGGUCCUAGGAGGUAUUAUCGGCAAUAUCGGUAUCUGAAUUGGCCGAUACCGAUAUUGUCGAAAAUACCAAAUAUCGGCCGAUUAUAUCAGUAAAACCGAUAAUCGGUCGAUCCCUAGUAGACACCAACUACAUCAACCUACAGUUGUUCUGGUAACUAUAGUGUCCCUUUAAAAAAAAUAAAAAAAUAAAUGAAUGCUUGAUUACAUUUAGAAAGACAAAAUGCACUGUAAAUAAAGAUGUUUUAUCCUGAUGUAUUCACAGAAGCAGUAACUUUUGGAGUUAUGCAUUUCUAAUUCUGCAGAUAGGAUACUCACUGGAUGUAUCUGCUUCUUCCCUUAGAUUUAUUAGUUCCGUGGUAAUUUAAUAAUAUCAUAGUGCUGAUUUCAGCCUAAACUGCAACACAUAUUUGACCAUCAGUAAAUACAUUCUUCUUUUUAUACUCCUUUAAAAGCAGUUACUUUUUCCAUGGCAAAGCAGUUCAUGAAAACAAAACAUACAAAAUAGCAGUCCCAUGUGGUGCAGCAAAACAAAAAAAAAAAUUAAAUAGCUGAAUGUUAGAAUAACUGCUCAUCAAGCAACUUUGGCCAGAAGGGUGCAUCAACCAUGCACCAGGGAAGAAAAAACAUAGACUGAGGAUAAUUUAUAUUAUUUGGGGUGGAUUUAUUAAAAAUUCUAAUGAAAUUAUAUUUUUGGCAUAAAACAAAUAUAUUUCCCUGACGUUAAAGUAAAACCUAUCAGGAGGUUUUUUUGUUUUGUUUUUUCACUUUCUCUAUUGCAAUUUAAAAAACAUCCUUAAUUGUCUCCCUGCAGUUUCUUAAAAGGAGAUAUGUUUAUUGUCCAUAAUGAAUUAGAAGAUGGAUGGAUGUGGGCCACCAAUCUACGUACAAACGAACAGGGUCUUAUUGUUGAAGACUUGGUUAAGGAAGUGGUCAGUAAAUAUUUCCUUUGUGUUGUAUGGUGUGUUUUUUUUUUUUUUCUUGUUUUCUUGAAAGCUGUUUCUUUUACACGUGGAAAUGUGAUCAGUGCAGGUUGAGAAACUGCAUGUGACAUGUGGAAUACUCUGAGAGCACCAGUGUAUUCAGCAGAUAUUGUUCCUGUAAUGAGAGAUUCUAGUUUUCACAUGAAUGUGACUGGAGAGACCUGUUUAAGAUCUCUUCCAUGGACCUGAAGCAACAUGUCUUACAGUGGGAACAAUGAGCAUCUGUUGCUGAUUGGAUCACUCUGUUUAGUUCGGGAUUGAUUAGACUGGUAAUGUUAAAAAACCGUUAUGGGUGCAUCCUUCUAAUAAAAACAAAAAACAAAACUUGGUUUUACAGUUUAGCUGUGUUUUGAAAAUUACAUCUGCCGCAAUUCCUGGGUUUUCAUUUCUACAUUAUUCCACAGCUCAUCUUGUUGCAAAUAAUGUGUAUAAGGAAUAAUCUUAAUCCAAUGUUUAGCUACUAAACACCUAAUUUACCCCAGUACUAAAUGUAACCCACCUCUAGUCCAAACUAAUCCUAAAACACCCAGUGUAACCAAAUUCUAAAUAAACCCCACUCUAACCCUGAACCCAAUAAUCUAAACAUCCCUUAUACUAUAACUUUAUUUAUAACGUAAACGUCUCUCAAGCUUUAAAUCCUCUUAACACUAAAUGCACUCUAUGCAAUCUUCUAGCACAAUAUAUUACCCGCAGAAAUAUACACAUACGUCUAUUUAUACAUAUGCAGUUGUCGAAAAUAAGUUUUGUGUUUUUUUUUGCUUGCAGAUUGUAUUAUGCCUGCAGUGGCAAUUUAAUAAUUUAAUUAUACUUAUUUCAUCUGCCCUUUUUGGUUUUGUGAGCAGGUAACGUUUUAGAAUGUUGUGCCUAAUGGAACCUAACAUGUACAUUUAGCAGUGUUGGGGAUCUCUGGCAAUUGUGCCAUUCUUGUUUACACUUUCUAGGUGCAGUCUCAAGUCAAAGUACUAGUCAAUGAAAGAAGCACUUAAGGACAUUAGUACAACUUAUAGGGCUGCAUGCACAUUGUUUCAACAUUUCAGUCCAUUUUCUCUGGUUUAUCAAGAAAUCCCUGAGUUGAACUUCUAUGUCUUGCCCAAGAUAUGAAUUUAAAGCUUCUUCUAUACAUUAUGUACAUUCCUAUACAUGCUUAUCACUCAUCUGACUUCACUAACUUCCCUUCUCUGCUGGAAGGUGAUCUUGGUUCCAUAGACUGAUUAAAAAAUACCUCCACAACUCUGCAUCUUCCUCCUACUUAAAGGGACACUUCAGACCCCUAAAUCACUUUAGCUUGCUGAAAUGCUUUGUGUGAAGAGUGUGUCCUCUUUACAAUGUUCAGAUUUAAAUAGAAAUGAGACCAACAUAAAUUAACCUGGUUACUUCCUGGUCAUUUAGCCCAGUGGAGCUAAACGCCAGAGGCAGCAAUUGCCCAGUGCACCUGCCUUGCAGAGACUUGACUCAUUGAGCUGCAUUGUAAUGUUUGUGAUUGUAAAGCCGCAGAAAGUCUCAGUGGGUUUAGAAUGGAAACUUGCAAAAGGCAGCAGAGAAGAGACUGUAGUUUUUGCUGGCUGUUUUUAGAUAAACAUGCCUAAAUGUGCCUGUUUUCAUUUGGGAUAUAUUUUGAUCUUUAUUUUUUUUGGUAUUUGGGCAGUGGAAUGUCUCUUUAAAGCUGUCUAAGUCUCAGCAAAGUUUUUCUCGUGUUGCCCCAUAAUUUGGAACACCAUGCAAAGGCUAUUGUAGCCUCCCUUACUAUGUUUUCAUAACUCAUCCCAUGCGUUUAAAGCAUAUUCUAUAAACACCAGCUCUCAUUUUUCAAAUCUACAUCUGACCAAUACAAUUUCUGUUACUCAGUCUGGUGGUGGUGUUCAUUUUCACCUUUGUUUUAUCAAUAUGUAUCUGUCUGUUUAAUUUAUGUCAAACUGUCAAAAUAAUAUAAUAUAGGUUUAUAGAGCAGUCGUUCGCAUGUGGCUGUCUAGUUUCCCUUAGUCAGUGGUUGCAGCUUAUUUUGGCUUACAGAGCACUUGCAUACAUCUCAUCUGAUACAUGGAAGUGCUAUUAAUUGAACUAUCUGUCCCAUAAUCCUGCUCUACUGAGGUUCAGGAGACACACUAGUAAUGCCAGAAUCCUAAUAGGCUGAGCCACUUCUGGGUUUUAACCCCUUAAGGACAUGUGACAUGUCAUGAUUCCCUUUUAUUCCAGAAGUUUGGCCCUUAAGGGGUUAAGUGAGCUCACCACAGAAGCUGCAAAACCUGGUUAUGUUCAGGGAAUCUGAAAUGCUUAUCCUUCUUUAUUUAGUUUUGUAUUUUUUUUUAAACUUUGUUUCUAUGUAAUGCUUUAAAAACAAGGUCACCAUUAAUAUAUCCUGGGCUGCAAAUUUAAACAUGAAUAUAGAAUAAAGUUUUUUUCUGAAUCUUUACAAUAUGUUUUUCCUUCAUUUUAAUUUCCAUUUUUAUUUUACAGGGGAGGGAGGAAGAUCCUCAUGAAGGCAAGAUGUAAGUAUAUGUCUAAACCAUUCUGAAAUUCUUCUAACCUCAUCCUGCAUUCUGUCUUUGUAGCUCACAGCAAAACCCAUAUCCAUUACAACUUCCUGCCCCAAUUGCUCCCUUUUAGUCCCAGAUUAUAUUUGUCCUUUGUUAAAGGGGUGUUUGACCUUUAACAUGGAGCUAUUAUUCAGUCUGCUUGGCUUCAGCUUUCUGCUCAAGGGGAAACCUGUUUUGCAUUCUCUUUGAUGUGGAAGAAUUAGUUAGUAAAUCUGUCAAGUUGUUUAUUUAAAAUUUUGUCCAGUAUUUUAAAAAUAUCUCUAAAAAAACUCUCCAUGAAAUACAGCUUUUAAAUAUUCUUACAUGAAAUGAUUGCAUCUAAGCACUUUUUUUGUGAGUGGACGAAAUAUUUGGGAAAUUUGGAAACCACAUUUUUACGUUUGCAUCAGUAAAUAUAUAUGGCAUGACUUGCUUACUGAGGUAAUGUAAGGUUUACAUUCAUGUUCCCCACACCUUUCUGUUUAUCACUAUAGGCACCUCACCACUUCAUCUCAUUGAAGUGGUCUGGGUGAAGUGCCUCUGUCCGUUAAACCCUGCAUUGUACAACAUUGCAGUUUUUGAGAUCUGCAUUGUUUACAUUGCCGGGCUAAGACAUCCUCUAAUGGCAGUCUUCCAGACAGUUACUGGAGGAGCUUCCUGCAUUUUCAAAAAACUCUUUGAGGAAGUUGAGCGACUUCAAAAUACCCAAAGGAAAGCAUUGAUUUAAUUAAGUUACAAAGCACUUGUGAUGCUUUCUGUACAUGCACAUUAGGUUCCUCCAUCAGCGUGGUGCCGCUAGAGGAGAUGAUUGGAAUGAGGUAAGUGAAAAAAAAAAAUCACUUUACAUGCUGGAGAUGGAGUGAGGCUGAAGACAUAUGCAGAGACACCAUGGCGUUAGGAAUACUGUUUUGUAUUCCUAAUGCUAUAGUAUUCCUUUAAAUGUAGUUGAAUAGUUGGCAAGACUUGUUUUUAUAUUUGUGUACAGUGCAAGCAGGACAUAUCGCAGAUCUAUACUGUUGAUACUUCUUGCAUUUUUCAGAGUCUAUUCCGUAAAGAAUAGACUCUGUUCUCUAACAAAUUGCCCUAAUCAAGUACUUCAUUGCAACUGCUGAAUGCCUUGGAGAUGCUAAGGCAAUGCUUUCCCAAAGCAUUGGGAGGAUAUUGUGCAUGUGCAGCAAAACGCUGUGCUGCGCCAAUCAGCAUCUCCGAAUAGGGAUGCAUUGAAUCAAUGCAUCUCUAAAGGGAGCGUUCAGUGCCUCUAUGCAUAGCGUGGAGACUCUGAAGGUACCAUCUAGUGGCCACCUGAGUGACGAACACUAGAGGUGUAACUAGGCAGCAAUGUAAACACUGCUUUUUCUUACAAAAGGCAGUGUUUACAUUGAAAAGCAUGCCGGGACUGGCUAUAGACACCAGAACAACUACAUUAAGCUGUAGUUGUUCUGGUGACUAUAGUGUCCUUUUAACCCCCUUAAGGACGGCGGGCAUGCUAUGCCGUCCUUGGGGACCCUGCUGUAAAUGCCUGGGGGCGGCAAAGCACGUCCCCGCCGUCCAUUCUACUUGCCCAGUCUCCAGCGAAACUACGCGGUGCAUGGACUCACCUGGCAGUCCAGGGAGUCCCCCUUCAUCCAUUCCGGCCCCCCUGGGCCAGGUGACCGCGAGGUCCUUGAGUAUAACAGUACCCCUCAUGUACAGGUUUUAUGGUGUUGUCAAAAAUUACAGAGUCAACUAUAAGGCUUGCGUUUCAGUUUUUUUCACAUUCAAAUUGGUUACGUUGCCUUUGAGACCGUAUGGAAACCCAGGAAUGGAAAUUACCCCCAUAAUGGCAUACCAUUUGCAAUAGUAGACGACCCAAUGUAUUGCAAAUGGGGAAUGUCCAGUCUUUUUUAGUAGCCACUUAGUCACAAACACUGGCCAAAAUUGGCAUUAAAAUUAGUUUUUUGCAUUUUUCAUGCACAAAUAUUAUUUGUAUAAUAAAAUACAUUUUAUUUUGUAUCCACUACCUCCUUUCCUUGGGUAUUUGGAUCAGGCAGGGCUAUUCACUAUAAGCCAAAUUCGGUCCAAAUAUAACAAUUUGGAUAAAAUGAAGUAAAAAGAAUUUACAUUUAUUAACUUAAUAGGAUGCUUUGGACUUCUUCAAAGGGUUAGCACUUUCUCCCUAGUAGGUAUGAAAAUAUUGCUAAUGGCAGUUUUAUCUUGUAUUUACAGUUGUCUGCCUGCCAGUUUGUUCCAACUGAAUUGUGGAAAUUAGACAGCUGACAGCCCUGUGUAAUUAUUAUAUUUGAAUGUGCAGUUGCUUAUUUACAUCCUUAACUUCUGUAUUUCAGCCAUUUGGUUGCAUUUGGACAGAUUGAAAAUCAGUCUAUGUGCAAUCUCAUUCAGAGCCUCACUUUGGCAAUUGUAAUUUUUUUUUUUAAUUUUCUGCAAAGCAACAGAAUAACAUGUCUUUCUGACUCUUUUUAAUUCUCGUUUGUUCAUUUUUUCCUGCCUAAUAUUACGGAUUUAUCUUCUUUUGUGAAUGCAAUCCAUAGUAAAAUCACAAAAAUAAAAGAUUGAAGGAUUAUUAUUUUUUUCAGGCUCUGGAGGAAAAUGCGACACAAACAACAAUAUUAUGGUGUGAAAAUAGGCAGGCCAUUUUUUAGACAAAACCUCGAAAUUUUGGAUUUUGCAGUCCUAAGGAUUUCUGCUAAUCUUGACCUGUGGCAAUUUAAUUUAAGUGAAUAACUGGUGCAUAUGUGGAGAUUUUCUCCAUGUGGCUUUUUGCUAGUCACAUGUGUAACCUUUAUCAUCCGUGAAUUGGGACUCAUAAGAGAGUUAUCUACUGAGGUACCAUGCAAACUGUGGGCCACAAACACAAUUUUGGAAAUCUACCGUCUAAAGAAGGAUGCUACUGCUGUAGGGCAAAUGUUGGAUGUCACUGCUAGUACAAUGUAUUGCAAACUUUUGAUGUGAUUUUGAGGAUAUAUGAAAACUAUUCUGAGAGAGUGCUUCUGAUCUCCCUAGUGUCAUUUUUUAAAUUAGUAGACAACACGACAACACUUUUUCUGUUCAGAAAAACAAAUGUAAAAGCUUAGAGGUAUAUACAGCAUUGUCACAAAAGCUCCAUGAUAAACAUAUUUUUACUGAUUCUUAUUUAAGAAUCUCUUGUGAGUCUAAACCCUCCUUUUUAAAGUUUUUUAACUUUGUCUGCAAAAAGCAUUUUAGCAUGUCUGGUGAUUCAACAACUUUUUUUUUUCUCAAUCUAUCAUUUUCUCUACAUUUGUAAAGAUGGUUCCAUGGAAAAAUCUUCAAGCAAGAAGCUUACAACCUUCUCAUGACAGGUAAAUGUUAAAAUGCAAGUUGUAAUUUAUUUUUUUUUGCCCCCCACAUCUGCCACUUGAAACUUGGCUUUGAACCUUAACGCUAGAUUAUCUAUUAGCUCAGUGAAGUGCUAUGCAUGUCUAGGUCCAACUGAAGAACUAUCUUCAUUUAGCUAUGCCGUGUUGCUCAUCUCUCUUAGAAGCAUUAUUUAUGGAGAACCAUUUGAAUAAGCACACUCUUUUAUUUGCCAUGAGAAGAAUUAAUCUAAUCGGAGUCAUUAUUGACCUCAUUCAUUCUUAAUUACUGUUUUUUUUUUUUUAUAGAAACCAUUUUUUUAUACUAAUUUGACAUUUCACUGAAGCAGAGUUGUCCGUCCUUUCCCAUACUUUAAGCAUGAACUGUCGAAAAUGAACAUAAUUCUGUUUAGAUCUGUAUUUACAGUUUGCAGAUGCAAAAUCUCUCAUUCUUUUGACCUCUAGGCCUUUGCGAUAUCUGUUUUAGUGCUUUGGCUAUCUGUGUAUGCAGAGCUUCCAGAAUUAUUUUUAUUAUAUCUUGGCACGCAAAUGUCUGGUCAUCACACCCUUCGUGCACUUGUAAAUUAGAAUCAAAUUGUUUUUCACCUCCUGCAAAUUAGCAAAGACCUGUGAAGUUGAUGUCAAAGGCUGCGAAAGAACUUCAGGAAUACGCCCAUUUCCUGCAAAAACAUGCUUAUAGCAUGAACAUUGGCACUAUGGCUGUGAGAAAUCAAUAAUUUAUAGAUGAGGGUGGGCAACGUCAGAGCUUGGCACAAACCCAGAAUUCAGUCUGUAAUUUGAACUCGUGCUCACACCCACCUGAAUCAAUUAGCUGGUUAAUCUGGGAAGGAAAUUGACUCAACUCUUACUCAUGUAUCAUAUGGUGACCCUUUAAAUGUUAGGGAAAAAAAUGCUUACCGCAGUUCAGUUGGUUCACAGACAAUUCUUAAACAAUUUCACCAAUAUUUUUCCUCUCUAAUGUACAAAUAAAACGAGUGCUCAUCCAAAGGCUAAUCUUUAUAUAACCACUAUAUUGAAGUAAAGUGUUUAUAUCCAUGACUGCAAAGUAAGAGUCUGUUAGAUAAGAGGAACAUCAGAAGGAGUUCUGGACUCUUGACUCUUUGCCAGCAAUGUGAUAGAUACUCAAAGUUGUGCUUCAUUCACUAGAGAGAGGCCCAGCUACUCACUGGCUUAUUCAGUUACACAGUUCACUACAUUACAUUAGUAUUUUACAUUGUCACUCUUUUUGAUUGGUACUAGAAGGGGCAUGUCUUACCUCUACUUUGCGAAUGUAAUGUACUGGAGCUACAUAACAGGAUGAUUUGACGGGUAAUUGUGCUUUUUUUAGUUGAGUGAAAUGCAGAGCAGAGUGGCUGCAUUCAUAAAAUUGCAUCUUUACCCAUGGAUAAAGGUAAAAAUGGGAGAGGCAAAAUAUAUAGAUGCUUUAAUUUAUGGUGCUUAUAGCUACAGUAUGUCUUGCAAAUGCUUGAUAUUUUUACAUCUGUGGAUGUUUGUUUUCAUUUUAUAUUGUUAAAAGAAUAUAAGAUCAGAGGGCACACAAUUUUUUUUGUGUCUGUCUAUAGCUAUCGAUCUAUAUCUCAUGGUGUCAGAUUAAUACAAUUUAUUUGCUCACAAGAUCAUAAAAUAAAAUAAAAAAUCCAAAUGCAGUUUAGUAGACAGUGACCCCUGCCCUAGUUGUAGAAAUUAUAUUGUAACAACCAAGACUUAGCAAUAGUAAACACCUUUUAACAAUGUAACUUCUCUCUCAGUAUCAAAUUCUCUGGUAAUGUCUGUUUUAAUACAAUUUACUUGCUCAUAAGACCGUAAUAAUAGAAUGUUAAAGAGGCACUGUCAUGCCGAACUUACCUUUCCUCAAUAUCUUCCUCUUCUCCCCCUCUCUCAGGAUCUGUUCUUCUUUUCUUCCUGUCUUCUUUAGUUUUCUUUAAAAUCAUAAGACAAAGUAGGGACUCUUUGCCUUAUGGAGGUUUCCUCUGCUUGACAAGCUCUGACCAGCGGAGAAGCAAAGUGUGCUUCAUUUGCGCUUGUCAGAGCAUUUUUCCCGCUCAGGUUUUCAGUAGGUCAACCCCCCCGCCCCCACCCGUGGUGGGGGCGGGGGGGAGGACAGUAGGUCCGCGUCCCCCCCUCAUUUUCAUUAUGGCCGCCACCCAGGGGUGGGGGCUGGGGGGGAGGACAGUAGGUCCCCCGCCGCCCCCCUCAUCAUUAUGGCCCACACCCGCCGCCCAGGGGUGGGGGCCUGGGGGGGAGGACAGUAGGCCCCCCCCAUUGUAAUUUAUGGCCCCCACCUGCCGCUCAGGGAUGGGGGCUGGAUAGUAGGGUUUUUUUUUUGUUUGUUUUUUUACAGUAAGCAGCCACAGGCUGCUCACUGUUUAGUAGACAUGCCCCUACUCGCGGUAUAGCUAGUAGGGGCAUUGGGGAGAUUUUAAUCCCCCUUAUGCUAUUAUGGGGGUCAUAUUGACCCCCAUAGAGUGAGGGGGGACCUGGGGGGCUUAAGAAGUGGCGGGGAGCACUGCUCCCUGCUCCUUCUAUAGUUACAUAUUACAAGGAGGGAGCUGCAUGCCGGUAGCUCCCUCCUUGUAAUAAACUGCAUGAACAAACGAACACUGAUACACAGUGUUUGUUUGUUCGUCUGACAUUUCUAUUCAUUCAUUCAGCCUUCUGAUGAAUGAAUGAAUAGAUGAAAUUCCCGUUCGCAUGUCCAGGUGUUUCACUGGGCAUGUGCGGGAAUCUCACAGUCUAUCUAGUGUGGGCAGAUGACGUGUCCCACAGGGACUUCAUCUACCCACACAAAGAUGGCGGCGUCCUGAAUAUAGAUCGGGGCAUGAAAUAAAGAUGAAAAAUAGGUAAUUUGGGGGCUUAGGGGCAUUUGGGGGGUGACGAAGGGGUCAAUUAGAGAUAGUGGAGGCGGGAGGGGGGUUAAAAAAAAAAAAAACGGGAUUCAGCACGACAGUGCCGCUUUAAGUAGAUAUGCUAAUGGUUUAAAUAUGUGUUCUGUAUAGCAGUAUUCUAGAAGACAGUAUAACUCGCUUCAGAGACACAAGCUUAAGAUUUGAUUUGUGGAUCCUGUUUUUACUUGGACGUUUGAGAUUAGUAGGAUCUCAAUUGCAUUUUGGCAGUCUGGGACAGACAGAAUAGUUUAUGUAGUAUUGAAUUUGAUUUGUAAAUUAUGCUUCCUGUGAUGAAUACUCCUCCUGCAUCUUAAAUUGUACUGGAGUGGAGUUGAAACAAUACCAAGGCCCAGAAUGUCAAGUACUAUUUAUUAGACAUGCCAAAAAGUUACUGGUCUAUGGCAGAUUCACUACUGGUAAUUUUCUACUUUUCACUCAGCAGCAGCUAGUGGUAAUUUUGAGCCACAAUAGAACAGUUUUAAAAGUUGAAAUAUAAAAUAACUUGUAAAUGUUGACUUUGAUUUUUAGUUGGUCAAAUUAGCAGCUUUUUGGUGAGACCAUCUGACAAUACUCCUGGUGACUACUCACUCUAUUUCCGUACCAAUGAAAACAUCCAGAGAUUUAAGAUCAGUCCAACACCAAACAAUCAAUUUGUGAUGGGAGGUCGGUACUACAACAGGUAACCUCUAUUACUAUGUUAUUAGUUGUCUUGAUUAUAUAAACUUAAAGACCAAAUUCAGUUAAUGGAUAUAAGGCACAGUGUAUCUUGUAGAAUUUAAAACCUUCAAAAGCUUGGUAAAUGGACACUACAGUCACCAGAACAGCUUUAGCCUAAUGAAGCACUUUUGGUGUAUAUAGCAUACACCUGGAGCCUCACUACAAAUUAAAUUACUUUGUUUAUGCAGCCCUAGUCACACCUCAUUUGCAUGUGAUUCACACAGACUUCCUAAAUACUUCAUGUGAAGUGAGAGCUAUUGUUUACAUUUCCUUUAUUGCACCGUCUGUUUGAUUUAGAAGUUAUCUCCUGCACUGUUAAUCGCUUGCAGGAGCGUCCUAUAUGUAAGUAAAGCUCAAUUUACAGAACUGGAGAUGAAAACUUCUGAAGUAAGUUACAUCUGAUAAAAAAAUUCAACCAUUUUUUUUUUCCACACAGACUGUGAAUCAGAAAGGGGAGACGCAGAUAGGUCCGAAUAGACAGAAAUAAAAGUGAUUUAACUUCUGAAUGACAUAAUUGAACAGUUAGACUUCAGAGGCAUGAUCUGUACACAGGCUGCUUCAUUAAGCUAAAGUUGUUUUGGUGACUACAGUAGCCCUUUACGUUUCCAAUAAACAGCAUACCUGUCUGAUCAAUAAGACAAAAAAGCAGAAGUGUAUUGUGUAAUUUUGAGUAGCUAGAAGUAAAAAUGCAAAUUGCAGUGAAUUAGCUUUAUAAUGGAAAGUACAUGUGAUUGAGGGCAGACUAUGCUAUGUAUUACACAUUUUAAUUUAUACAGGGGAUUACAGCUAUUUACUUUGGUAUUUUUUUCUUAAAUGAGGUAUGAUGUGUGAAUCUUUUAUUGCAACAAUUAAUUUAAUUCAAGCAACAAAAAGUUUUAAAUUGUCAGGAUUACAGAUUUACAAUUUCAGUGAUAAAUUUCGCAAAAAGCAAUUAAGCACUCCCUGGUUGUCUUCAAAACACGUUUUUAAGACACUCUUGGCUCCCGUUGACCAGUUUCAAUGCAAUACGAAGAUAACAUUGGAUAAACUUUUUGAUGUUCUUGCAUUUGCUGUACCUUCUCAGGUUAGGUAGCAUUUGCAUUGAGCUCUCUCCAGACCAUAAAGUGACUUGUGUUCCCUUUUUUAGAUUUACUCAGCCGUAUCCCGUUGUUCUUUGGUUUUUCUAAAAGUGACUUGUCCAGGCGCUCCCAACCCCUUAAGGACUGCGGACGUACUAGGUACAUCCGACAAAACGGUCCUUAAGGUACAUCCGCGACAAAUAUAUUCCUUACCCGAUCGGCGCCGUUGCUCCUGGUCUGGGGGGGCUGCCUGAUAGCCCAGACAGAUCCCUCUCGGCAAAUUAGGCCCCCACGGACAAUGUGAUCACUCUGAAAGAGUGGUCACAUGGCCUCAAUAGGCGUCUCCCUGCAUCUGUAAAAUAAAAAAUAAAAUAAAAAAAGAGAUUAUACAUAUAGUCAUGCGAAAUGUUUUUUUAUUAAUAUAUACAUAUUAGAGUAUGUAUAUAUAUAAUUAAAUAUAUUGUGUGUGUGUAUAUAGAUAUAUAUUUAUUUUCAGAAAUCUACACGUAGACUUCAAAUAUAUAAAUAUGUAUAUAUAUAUAUAUAUUUAAAUUCUAUGUGCAUAUUUAUGUAGUAAUUUUGAUUGCAAUUUUAGGGACCUGCCUGACAACCCAGGCCAAAAGUCCAGAGAAUUUAAAUUUACUAGCACUGUAUUUAACCCUGUAACUUUCCAUGACACCCUAAAACCUGUACAUUGGGGGUACUGUUUUACUCUGCAUACAUCGCUGAAUACAAAUAUUUGUGUUUCAAAAUAGUAAAACAUAUCACAGCGAUGACAUUGUCAGUGAAAGUGAAGUUUUUUGCAUUUUUUUUACACACAAAUCGCACUUUCACUGAUGAUAUCAUUGUUGUGCUACGUUUUACUGUUUUAAACCACUAAUAUUUGUGUUCAGCGAAGUCUCCCGAGUAUAACACAUGUACAGGUUGUAUAGUGUUUUUGAAAGUUACAGGGUCAAAUAUAAUGCUUGAUUUUCCAUUUCUUUCACAUUGAAAUUUGCCAGACUGGUUAUGUUGCCUUUGAGAGCGUAUGGUACUCCAGGAAUGAGAAUUACCCCCAUGAUGGCAUACCAUUUGCAAAAAAAGACAACCCAAGGUACUGCAAAUGGGGUAUAUUCAGUCUUUUUUAGUAGCCACUUAGUCACAAACACUGGCCAAAGUUAGCGUUCAUAAUUGUUUUUUUGCAUUUUUAACACACAAAUAUAAAUGCUAACUUUGGUUUGUGUUUGUGACUAAGUGGUUACUAAAAAAGACUGGAUAUACCCCAUAUUAAUUACCCUGGAUUGUCUACUUUAAAAAAAAUAAAAAAUAAAUAUGUACAUGUGAGGUGUGAUUCAGAAAUUUAUGACCAAUAACAGUGUUACAAUGUCACUACUAAAAAUAUAUAUUUUGAAACAGUACUUGUACUUAUAGCCCUAUAUCUUGCAAAAAAAGCUAAGAACAUGUUGACAUUGGGUAUUUAGAAACUAUUUAGCAUGGGUGUUUUGGCAGUUGUAGAUGCGCAACCUAUUUUGGGGGUCAAAGUUAUAAAAAGUGUUUUUUUUUUUUGUUUUUUUUAUAGUAAAUUAUGAUAUGAUGAAAAUAAUGGUACCUUUAGAAAAACCAUUUAAUAGCGAGAAAAACGGUAUAUAAUAUGUGUUGGUACCGUAAAUGAGUAAGAGGAAAUUACAGCUAAACACAAACACCGCAGAAAUGUUAACAGCCCUGUUUUUUAAAGUGGUCGUGGAGGACUCAAUGUGCCUUUGCAGUGUUUCAGUUUGAAACAGUGCACAACCAGAGUUAUUUGCACUUUUGUCCCUGUGCCUUUUUACACCCCUGGCACACAUGGUUUAGGCAGCCUGAAAAAUAUGCAGAUCAUUCAUUAAAUUAUGUGCAUAUUUUCCAUGUGUCGGCGCACAUUGGAUGCGCUCGGAGAUGGCUUAAUAGUUCAAUUUAAAGGGUUCUCUAUGAGAAACCUUUGAUUGGAACAUAUGUUGGCAGCAAUGACUGUGCAUGAGUUAAGUAAAACCGAAGUCUUUAUGUUUAGCAAUCAGAAGGGGUGGGGGCAAUGCCUAAUAGGGCAUUAUUCAUUUUUAUCAUUAUCAGGGUUGGAGUAACCCUUUAAACUUUUGUGGCAAUGCUUACCAGAUCCCUUAAAUAUUUGCACAUCAGUAAUCUAUGGGCUUCGUGUAGGUUUCUGGGAUUGUAGUUAUUCAGUAGAAAGCAGACAACUGAACUGCAACCAAAGAAACCUGAUGCCACCAUCUACAUCUUGUUGGAACAAUUCUGAUAAGGAUUGUGUUAAAAUGUACAGCCCCCAUAAACAAACAGGAUGUCUGCAGUCUCAUUCCUUAGCAAUACUAAGCUGAUUCUGGCAGAAUACUAAAGCGACAACCUAAACAAGCCCAUCAGAGGUGUUUUUACAAAUAUAUAAUCUAAUAAUAAUAACAAAGUAUUUAACCAGGAAAGGCACAUUCAGAUUACUGUGAUUUUCAAGUACAUUCUGGGGAUGUUACUUUAGCCCAACAUCCAGGGGUUGUUACUAUUACUCAAUUUAAUGGUACUCAUUUUAUCUACCUCGGAAGGAUGAAGGGCUGGGAUUCAAACCUGCGACCCAAGGGUUGAACAGAUUCUACUGAUGAUGCAUUAGCCAACUAAGCUAUCUCACCGGCAUGUAAUUGGUAUGUAAUCUAUAUAACUUUUGAGGAAAUUAAAAAAAAAUUCUGUUUUUUAACAGAAUUGACGACAUCAUAGAGCACUACAGAAAAGAACAAAUUGUGGAAGGCUAUUAUCUAAAAGAGCCUGUCCCAGUGCAGGUAAGAUAAACAAACUUGCUAUUGUAUCUCGGUAGAGUGGAAUGUGUUGAGGUUUGAGUUUUUAAUCAUUUUAUGAAUGUAAUAAAUGUGCAUAUGUCUUGUUAGAAUAGUAACAAUUCUAAUUUUUAAACUGCAACAUUUGAAGACUGAUUUAGUAAUAAUGAAGCCUGUUAUUUGUUUACCAGCAUCAAGAGCAAGUACUAAAUGAUUUGGAAGGCAAAGAAAUCUACAACACAAUAAGACGCAAAACAAAGGAUGCAUUUUACAAAAACAUUGUCAAAAAAGGCUACCUUCUGAAGAAGAGUAAGACUUGUUUUAUUUGUAAAUACUAUGAGAUAUGUGCAUCUGUAUUCAUUAUUGUACUUAUUGUCUUCAUGAAUAAGGAUUCAAUUUUGAUCUUCUUAGGCAUCUCCUCAAAGAAAUUGUGUAGCUGGGAAGAUACAUUUUAAAUGUAAUCAUAGAGUGUAUGUAUCAUUACAGUUCUAGUGAAAUUAUUCAUUCAAGCAGUAGGAAUUUAUGGUAGUAUAUUCUAAAGAUGGAAUUAUUUGAGACUUGUAGGACAAAACCAGAAAUGUGGAGAAAAGAGAGAUUAUAGUGUAACUGUUGUGCAGGACAGAUAGGAAAGUCACUCUUUGUAAAAUGGCCAGCCAGUUAUACAGCAAAGAAAAACAUUUUAGUGUAGUAAAGGAGGUGAAUAGUUCCCAUCUUUAAAAAUAAAUAAAUGUGUGGAGCAAAAUAAGGGCUUCGUGUGAGCAAGAAAGAGGUUAUACUGCGAUAUCAAGAAGAUAAUAGGCUCUGUUAGAAUACCAAGGAUAAAAUAAAUUGAUGAACUUCAUAUAUGAUCAGAUUAUGUAACCAGUAAAGAUGCAUUUUAGUGGCUCAUCAUAUAGCAUAUGUUUAAAUAUCUCUAAGGUUUUUGAUUAAUACAUACUAUCUUGCAUGAAUCAACAAAUCCAUGUCUCCACAGUAGUAAAAAAAAGUUCAACUUGGCCUCAGAAUUGCCUUCAGUUGCUCAUGAGAAAUCAAAAAUAUCCCCUGUGGCCAGCUCCCUUAACACACUUACUGCCCUGUUUUUAUUUUUUCUAUCGUCCCCAUGCUGUUUGUCACUGUCAGUGGUGUGAAAGGAAAAAGAGAUGGGAGAUUUGCAGCACUCUCCAUGGUAUUAUUGGGAGACGGGGCUAUUUCUAUGCGAUAGCAGACAUCUUCCCAGAUCUCUUGUGCAGCAUCAUGAGAAACUGCUGUGAAGAAAGUGGUGUGACAUCACAUCUCCCAAGCACACUUCUGUAAUACAGCACUUGGAAGUGCAAGGAAAGUGGUGAAAGCUCUCCUUACCACAACACAUGGAGACAGCCUGCUUUCCCAUUACAGUAACAGUUACGGAGCUCCAAUUUCCCACCCAGCUGAUGAUUAGAUGAGCAGCAGAGGGCAGGAAUAGGUGAAUAGAUUGACUGGUGUGUGUGUGUAUAUAUAUAUGUGUGUGUGUAUAUAUAUAUAUAUAUAUAUAUAUAUAUAUAUAAUCUCAGAUGCAAAUGUCUGAUUUUAUGUAUGUCUGUAUGUGAAUAGCUCACAUGGUUAACUUGUGAGUGCGGUUAUUUGUGUAUGUAUGUGUUAGAGGAAGAGUUGGUUAAGUUGUGUGUGAGGGUAUGGCUUUGUGUUUAUUUUUAAACAAUGAUUUUAUGAUUAGAAAUUAGCAAAUUACAAUAAACUUUACUGCUUCCAACAGGAACACUCCUAAUUGUUGAUAAAUUACAUAUGUAUUUAUUUUUUCACUGCUUAAUUUGUACCUCAUGGUUGAGAGCUGGAAGAUAUCUUAUUUCUUUUAACGCCUAACAUCAUGUAUUUGUUCUUUCUGUUUGCAGGUAAAGGCAAAAGGUGGAAGAACUUGUAUUUUAUCUUAGAGGGUAAUGAUGCCCAGCUUAUUUUUUUUGAAAGUGAAAAGCGUGCCACAAAGCCCAAAGGAUUAAUUGAUUUGAGUGUGUGUUCUGUCUAUGUAGUCCAUGACAGUCUGUUUGGCAGGUGAGAGGUUCCAAGUCCUCUGUUAACCAUGUUUUAAAGAAUAUACUGUUUAAGAAAAAAAAAAAGCCGCUAAAAAUUAAGCUGCACUAUUUUAUUUAUUUUUCAUUUUGAUAUGUGGGGGUUUGUUUCAUAUAUGUAGUAAAUAUAGUGAAUUUGUUUCUAUGUUUUUGUAAACCAUGUUGGUCGUUAAUGGAUUAUUAAAUGUACAGUUUUGUUCGUAUACACUUAUAUAUUGACCUGUUCUCCUGACUGAAUAAUAAGGUGAAUGCAGCUGUUUUGCAUUGGUUCAGUUUAAAGCGCUUUAAUGGAGCACUUUCAUGGUAAUGCUUGGUUAUAGAGAAUAUUGCUGGAACAUGCAAGUCAAAUUUCCACUAACUUUAGAAGCAUAACCCUGCCAGUGUGUUUAGUCUUGGUAACAAAUGAUAAACCUUACAUUUAAAAGGACACUCCCAGUGAGUGUUGAGAAUUUGUUUUUACACAGAAUUUUUUCAUAUAGUCCAUUGGUAACAAGAAGUUUCAUUCAAUAAAUAACUGAAUAAUAAAAUAACCUGCAAAGCCUAUCUUGGCUAUGUUUUUGUUUUUUUUCUCUUCUUCUAUGAAUUUUUUCUGGCAGCCACAAAUGCACACAGCUUCUGUGUAGGCGAUCUUAUAGAAAGCUAUGAAAGAGACCAUAUAAGUUUAAUGGGGAUUGUGCACUGUGCAUGAUCUUGGAGCUAUGGAGGUAGAAAGCGUGAAUAUUGUGCAGGAGAAGGGGGAAGCAUAGCUUCUCCAUGUAUCACAUUCUGUGAAAGGAGCACGACUGGUUGGAGUACCGCUUUAAUUUUUUAGUAACCUGCACAAUUUUUAAUUUCAUGCAAAAUUCUCUUGGCUCUCAGCUUAAAGGACCACUAUAGUCCCAAGAAAACAAACUAGUUUUCCUGGCACUAUAGUACCUUGAGGGUGCCCCCAACCUCAGGGUCCCACUCCCGUGGCACUGAAGGGGGAGGAAUGGGGUAAAUCCCAUACCUUUUUUCCAGCGCCGGGCGCUGAGACUCUCCUCCCUCUUCUUCAGUCAUCGGCUGAAUGCGCAUGCGCGGCAAAAGCCGCGCACGCAUUCAUCCAGUCUCAUAGGAAAGCAUUCUUAAUGCUUUCCUAUGGACGCUGGCGUCUUCUCACUGUGAAAAUCACAGUGAGAAGCGCCUCUAGCGGCUGUCAAUGAGAGAGCCACUAGAGGCUGGAUUUACCCAUAUGUAAACAUAGCAGUUUCUCUUUAACUGCUAUGUUUACAGUAAAAAGGGGUAAACCUAGAUGGACCUGGCACCCAGACCACUUCAUUAAGCUGAAGUGGUCUGGGUGCCUAUAGUGGUCCUUUAAUGUGUGUGUAAAAAAAAAAAAAAAGGUUUGCAUGUCAACCUGAAAACAAUUUCUCCAAACAAAUUAUGGACAUUUAAUCUGCUUUAGCCCUAAACACGUUCCCAAUUCUUUGCUUUGGUUCUUUUAUAGAUCUAUAAUAUAAAUGUGUAUUCUUAUUUAAUAGAACAACUUUUUUUAAUUUCUGUUUGUUUCAGGCCAAACUGUUUCCAGAUUGUAGUUCAGCACUUUAGUGAGGAGCAUUACAUAUUUUACUUUGCGGGUGAGACUCCAGAACAGUCUGAGGUAAAUACGCUAGUUAUCAAACAAGUUGCCUGAUCAAUUUUUCUCUAACAUUUGUCACUCUAUAUCAGGGGUAGGCAACCUUGGCGUGCCAGUCCCUUUUUUUUAUUGACUGUUUGCUGUUUUCUGCUUGUUAUUUAUGGGUGCUGCAGUUGUAACAGUUUGUAACAUUGUGUUUGUGCAUAUGUGCGCUGUUAUAUUAUAAAUCUUCAUGAGUAGUUUGUGGUAUUGUGUAUAAUACCUAUGCACGUAGGCUAUGUAUAAGGGCUGCUUUCCACUGGAAUUGUGUGUGUGUGUGUGUGUGUGUAUGUCAGUCACAUUGUGUGUUUGGUGUGUGUGUAUGUGUGGAGCUGCUUGUGGAAUUGCAUGUGAGAGGCUUCUUGCAUGUAUGUGGAUUGUCAGUCACGUGUUUGUGGGGACUGUGUGUUGGGGAGGUUUAUUCUGCUGCUCUGUGUAUAUUUAGCAGUGUGGGUGGCUCCCUGGGGUUCAGUGGGGACCAAACUAGACAUGUACAUCUCAAGGGCUGCUCUAUUCCAGUGCAUGUUCCCGUUCAUAGAUCUGGGAUCACUUCCUCUAAGUGCUGCAAUGUGGAAAAUGAGGAUUGCCCCCUCUACCUUUUUGCACUAGCAGAUAUCUUAAGUUUCUCUGGGACUCCUGAUAGGCCAGAGCCUUGAGUGCCGUUGAAAGGCGUGCCAUAGGUUGCUGACCCCUGCUAUAGAUCAUUCUAGAACUUUGUUCUUUUUUUUGUGAGUGUGUGGGAAUUUUGUCAUCAUGGUUUGGAGCCAAUAUUGAGCAAAAUGUGUAUAUUUAUGUUUACUUGGCUGUCCCAGUGUGCCUGCUGGAGCCACUUUCAAUGAGCCAUCAUGCUCAGCGCUAUGUCAGCACAUUUAUAUUAACAGAUAGUAUUAGAUUGAGAGUUAUAUUUAUGAGGAACAUAAUAGAACAUUGUGUUUUCAUACAAAAAUGUAUAUGCUUAAAAUAAAUUCAGUAAGUCAGGACUUCCCACCCUUUGAGACAACAAAGUGGCUAAAGUUCCUGAUAGUAUGUCAGCUCAGUGGAGCUCUUAAACUUUAGAAGAGAUUUGGGAUUGUUUUGUGGUAAACUGUUGUGUAACAUGAUUUAAUAUUUGUGAUUACAUUAGGACUGGAUGAAAAGUUUGCAGGCAUUUUGCAGUUUACGAAAGACAACACAAUCGUCCUCUAAUAAGCGUCUUCGACAGGUUAGUUUCAAUGGUAUAUUUGCAAUCCAUUAUCAAAACAUAUUGUAUGUUGCAUGUAUUUGUCAGACAAAAUAUUGUUCCCGUUACUCAAUAUCUCGCGCUGAGGAAUUUGCCAUAACCCUAAACUAGUAAUAGUUUUUCCUCAAGCAGUUAGUGUACAAUUAAAAUUAUGUUGUGUUGUUCUAGGACUAUAUAGUUUAAGGGGCAGUAUUUUUUUUGUUAGGUUAAAAUGUUGAUUUAAAAAAUGCACUUUUUAAACAGAUUGUUUUUAAUCUAGAUGUGCAUUCUUAAUUCAAAUGCUAACCUUUACAUUUUCCCUCUCACUAGGUCAGCAGUCUUAAUUUGCAUGUAGAAGAAGCUCAUAAGCUCCCUGUGAAACAUUUUACUAGCCCGUACUGUAAUAUCUACCUGAACUGUGUGCAGGUAGCAAAGACACAUGCUCGAGAUGGUCAGAAUCCGGUUUGGUCAGAAGAGUUUUUCUUUGAGUAAGUACAAGGACUUUUUUGACUAUCGCAGACAGCUAUGUAUGGUGGAUGCUGACAUUAUGUACUUUUUUUGUUCCGUCUUGAUAUCAUUGGCUUAUUGUGCAAAUAAUUCUGUUUGAUUUUUUUUCUACUAUUUGAAAGAGCUUCAGCUAAACUAGCCCAUGUUUUAAAGGGCUUAUAACAUCCCUCCUAACAUUUGAAUGGACAAAGAGGGAUACUUUAAUUUUAAGGCUUUGAGUGUGGAUGUGAACAUGGGUGGGACUGUUCUGAGACAUUUUGGUGACUUACGAAUAACAAUUUAUAGAACUAAAAUGUAAUUUAGAAGAACAAUGUAUCAUAUUUACACAGACUUUGUUUUUUUUAAACACAUGUAUUAUAUUUGAAAUACACACUAUUGGGAGGAUUAUUAUGGUUGUGGAGCUCUAUUAUACAGUCACAAUACAACAAGUAGGAACCGCCCUCAAUUCACAAAAGGUAAGGGUGCUAAACACCAUCCCAUGAAAUGGAAAUGUAGAGCGAAAUUGUCCAGGCACUCUGUAAGCUUCAAGCACAUUUAUUGGAACAAACCGAGCACUGCAACGUUUCGACCCACACUUGGGUCUUUGACAAAGUGUGGGUUUAAACGUUGCAGUGCUCGGUUUGUUCCAUUAAAUGUGCUUGAAGCUUAUGGAGUGCCAGGACAUUUUCUAUAUAUUAUACAUUGAGACACACCAACAAUGUGAAGCUCCUAUAAAAAAGGGAUUUGGGAACAAAAUAGGGACACUUGGGAGAUGUUAUAAUUAAUUCAAGGACCCAGAUAAACUAUAAUGGAGGCUGCUUCUUAAAUUAACAUUAUCCUGCUCUUUAUGUGCAUGAAAGAUGCAUCUGCUACACUUUGAGUUUACUGUGCUUCUUGUUGCAAAAACUGUUUUUUUUUCUUUUCUUUUAGUGAUUUAUCGCCAGACAUCAACAGAUUUGAGAUUAGUCUAAGUAACAAAACAAAGAAAAGCAAAGAUCCUGACAUAUGUAAGUAUAGUAUUUUUCUUGGUAUGUGACACUACUAAAUGUGCCCCCUCACAGUAUGCAUAAGCAACAGGUUGCUUUUUUCCCCCCUUCAUUGGAUGAACAGAAUAAGUCAAUUCUGCAGACAUAUUUUUAUGCAUUUCUAUCCCCUCCAUUUAUACUUUCAAUCUAUGUAUAAAACUGAAACGUCUUCCUUCAUCUCCAAUUUAAUACCCUACACUUCAGAUAUGAUGAUGGCAGGCUUUCACAUUCAUUUAGUAUUGGUGAGGUGGUGAGAUGUGGGUUAUCCGCAGCAGCAAGAUUUUUGUUUCACCUCUCACUCCACCAUAAUAAACUUCCAGGAACAUUGUGAGCCAGGCUGCUGCAUAUGAUGACAUGGGAUCAGCUCCACCCGGUGUCUUUUUUAUUUUUUAUGCACCACAAAUACAAAGCACAUACACAGUUUGAUGCCAAAAUUAAAAGUGACGUUGCCGAGGGGUUGGUUCUAUUUAAGAGCAAUAACACAAUCUGAAUGCUACGUUUGUGGAAUAGCUACGUUGUUAUGCCAGGAGUACCUUGGUGCUGUUCCAUCAUAAUAUGGCAAAAUGUAUUGCAACGGUUUUCCCUCUUACAUGGAUCCUGCCAGUAGCUGAGGCUCCUGCAUCCUAGCUGAAUCACAUCUGACUUCUGCUUAAGCCACAUGCUGAUCGUGCCACUCAGACAGCGUUAGACAAUCUCUAUCAGCCCAUGGAAAUAUGCACAAAAUUAGCUUUAGCCAAUCUGGAACUCCUGUUCUGGGCUGGGUAAUGAUGCUGGCAGAGGGGAAGUUACAAUUCCGGCAGCAAAGGGGUUAAACAGUGAAUGUUUCACAGUGAAAUGCUGAAUCUACAGGCUCUGAGCAUCAAUUUCCAAGUGAUCAUGAUGCUUGGAUUAACAAUCCAAAAACAAACAAAAAACACACCUUUUCAGUUGAUUUAUCUAGAACUAUUCCCAUGCAUGUUAGAAGUUUUGAUUUUCCAUUAUAGCAUGACCUAUGACACAGAUUUUUAAUAUUUGUGUAUUUGACAGCUGCAAGUUGUAUAGCUAAUCUUUAAAAUUGAUUUAAUGACCCACUAUUUACAAUGUUCGUUUCCGGUCUGUUGUAAAGCACUGCUUUGCCCUAAGCAUUGAUUCGUCUUUCUUUUCCUGUAACUAGUGUUUAUGCGAUGCCAGUUAAAUCGAUUGCAAAGAGGGCAUGCAAUAGAUGAGUGGUUUCAACUCAGUUCCCACAUACCGCUAAAAGGUAUAGAGCCAGGUUCCUUGCGUGUCCGGGUACGAUACUCUAUGGAGAAAAUAAUGCCUGAGGAAGAGUACAAUGAGUUCAAAGAGGUACUUAUAUUCCCUUCAAUUCUACGUUCAUAUUGCUAAUUAGCAUAAAAAUCUAAUUUUUGUUUUAUUUUGUAGCUUAUACUACAGAAGGAACUUCAUGUAGUGAAUGCAUUAUCACAUGUAUGUGGACAAGACCGAACACUACUGGCUAGCAUCUUAUUACGAAUUUUUCUGCAUGAAAAAAUGGAAUCAUUACUUUUGAGAACACUAAAUGACAAAGAAAUUAGUGUGGAAGGUAAAUGAUUUCUGAUGUUUUUUUGUUUUACUUUUUGUGUAAAAUUACUAUCUGGUUUUUAGCUUCCCGAAUGAAUUUAUUUAUCGAGUCGAGUUUACACACAAAAUGUGUGUAGGUCUAGACUGUAAGCUCGUUGUAGCAGGGUCCCCAUCUACCUAUUGUUCCUAUAACAUUUUGUAAUUGUCUCAUUUAUUGUUAAAUUUCCCCCUUUUAUAAUAUUGUAAAGCUGCGGAAUAAGUUGGCGCUAUAUAAAUACCAAUAAUAUAUCUUCCUGUUGCUUCUGUUUUAGAACAUUGACAUAUUUCACUAAGGUUUCCUCAGUUACCAGUAGGCUACUAAUUAUAGCCGUAUUCUUUUUAAAUGAUUACUCCGAGCACCCGGACCACUUCAGUAAUUUGAAGUUGUAAUGGUGCCUGGAGUCUGUAUAUGCAGGUUUUAUCUAUGAAAUGGUGCACCUAUCAAGCUUAACCCAUUGCCCGACGAAGAUGUUACUCAAUUUCUGGCAGCUUUGUGGUGUGCCAUCAAGCAGCCCAGAACCAGAGGUCUCAGUAAUGUUAAUGUUGUGCAUCUGGGCCUUUGAUUAGCUGACGUUCUUGGCUAGUUAAUGGCAACCAGAUCGGGUUCCACCUUAUGGAAGUGCCUCAUCCAGCUAUUCUAGGAGCUUGGUAGAGAUGCAGGUUAGAGGUUAAGCUGUUGCUAAAAGGUCCACUUCAUUAACAGGGUUCUGGGCCAAGGUAGACCUGACAUCAUAACCACUACAGUGAGCUAUAGCUAUAAACUGUAGUAGUUAUGGUUCCUGACAUUCCCUUUAAUUUUAAUAACCCUGCUAUUAACAUACAUAUUUGUAAUUCUUUAUCAAAGUAAAUAUAUUUUAUAAUUCCUUGCUACAGACUGUGUAGUCUGCAUAAUUUAUCAUCUCCUUGUUAAGUGCAAUACCGCUUCUAUUUAUUUUUAAAUUAAAUGAUUUUUUACAGAUGAGGCAACAACUCUGUUUCGUGCAACCACAUUAGCAAGCACACUUAUGGAGCAAUAUAUGAAAGCCACUGCAACACCGUUUGUUCAUCAUGCUCUCAAAGAUACUAUUUUAAAAAUACUGGAAAGUAAGCUGUCUUGUGAGGUGAGACGUGUGAAAUCAUACAAUGUUACAAUGACUGCUAUAAUAAUAUGGACAAAUUGGGCUUCUAAUGUAAGAAACACAAGAUUACAGUGCAGUUAAGUAUUUGCCAAAUUAACUAAACAAUAUAAAUCUUGCAAACCUAUUUUAAAUCCGCAUUGGGCCUAUAUUCAAUUGUCAGAGAAAACAGAUUUAUUUAGUUAUAACACUUAAAACUGAGAAUUGUUUUUUUUUUGAAUAUCUCAAUGAUGAAAUGGCUAAAGGCACUGAACAUUUUCUUAACACUUGCUUUAUUUAUUUUUUGAGAAGCAAAAAUUAAACCAGAUUGCAGCUAGUCGGUGUAUAAAAUAUACUUUAAAUAAAAUUUCUGUUUGUAACUUAAAUGCUUAACUUGAUAUUUGCUUUCUUUAAAGUUAAAUCCUUCGAAGCUGGAAAAGAAUGAAGAUGUGAAUGCAAAUUUGGCACAUUUACUAACCAUACUCUCAGAGUUGGUAGAGAAAAUCUUUAUGGCAGCAGAGAUACUUCCUCCGUAAGUAAAUAGACUUUCUGUAGAGAAGUAGGGAAAAUGUCCUUGUUGUACUGAAAAAUGCAUUCUUAAUCUAGAAUGACAUUUAAAAAAAAAAAAAAAGUAUCUUUGCGAGUUGGAUAGUAUCAGUGUAUAGUAUAAACUAGGAAUAAUAGCAUCCUGUGCUCAACCCCACAAAGUGAAUGUUUUGUUUGAUAGAAAGCCAAUUCAUUUUAAGCAUCCGUAUUGUUUGCAGGCUUAAGUACUUGCUUCUUUAUCUAAAUAUAUUUUAACCCAUUAAAUGAAAGAUUGCCAACUCAAUUUUUGCCAUACUUAUUUGACUCUGAGAGGAUUUGGGUGUUGUGUUUUUUUUUAAAACUUGAAGUGGGUUUAUGUUUUUUUUCUAUUACUAUAAAAUGGUUUGUAUUAUGAGUAGACAAAUAAAAACUGUGAACAAAGCCAUUUUGGUGCAUUGUAUACCGCAUUGAAGUGUCACAUUUUGGCCCAUGAAAAUGUAGGAUAGAAAACCACUUCGGCAUUUGGUUUUGGACUAAUCCUAUUUCGUCCUAAUUUGGAGAGAUCAGCAGUUCAUCUAAAUUCUACAACUUCAAAACACCAUAUGGGUGUAUCACAAAGCAAACAAAGGCCAUUUUGUUUGUUUCGUGAAACAAUCUGUCCUGUGGUGGUGAGAGUUUACUUAUGUGGUAACUGGCCAGUACUUGUUAACUGGCACCCCACCUGGACAAAUCCGUUUAAAUUGACCAUUUUCUUUUUGCCAUGUUCAAGUCUAAAUACAAAUACAAAAAAAUUAUCGGUUAGGGAGAAUUAACUUCAUUCGAAUGAGUGCACUUUCCUGUGUUCUCUGCCAAUAUCAAUUUGAACCUCCUUACUGAAACGGUUUCAAAACCACAUAUCCUCCUUUAUUUGGAAACAAAGAUGCCCAGAGUGAAUCAUGGCCUUCUCUGCACUCACCCAAACCCGUGGUUUGCCUCCUUGGUUGCCCAAGUGUUACAGAACUUACCCCACUGCUACCCGCUCCAAUGGGUGGCACUGGAAAACACAUUACUCCAUUCACACUCCUUCAAGGAACUGAUGUGGCUUCCCCCGUCAAACAUACCAUCACAUGUCAACGCUCUACCUCUCCCACUGGUUUUACCUAAUGGCAUGGUACUACCGGGCCUCUCACUUGAUACCACAGACGUCUUUGCUACUUUACACCCCUAUAACUGUUUAACCUCAGACGUGCCACUGUGGACCUAGGAGAGCAGAACUAUAGCACAGUUGUUUUGAAGGUGACCUUCUUCCCGACACUGGCAUCUACCUACAGCCGAUUUACUAGAGUGCUCUUCACUCAUCUAUGGCUCAAACAUGUCUUACAGUCUCACAAAGUCAGACCAUCAGAAGUAAACCAUUUAACCACAAUCCAGAAAAAAAGUUUUGGGCUCGCAGCCAUGACCACUACAUGGAGCUUCUGCCAUGUUCACUGCAAUGGAUAUAUUCAUUCAUCAAUGAUAAGUGAUCUAUUUUAGAUGCUUUAAAACAAAUCUUUUAAAAAGCUAGUGUGGUUUGCUUUUUGUAAUUGUGUACUAAACUUUUUUUUUUUUUUUUCUCCAAACAGUACUUUGAGGUUUAUUUAUGGAUGCUUGCAAAAGUCUGUUCAACAAAAGUGGCCUUCAAAUAACACUAUGCGGACCAGGGUUGUUAGGUAAGUUGAAUAAAAUAAAGCAGAUAUGUGUUAUGUAGAGAAAUAAGAAAUUCUCAACUUAUUUAUGAACUGUACAUACCAGCUGUCUUAUAAGGUUCAUCUGUGAAUGUAACCUUUAGCAGUGAAAGAUAACUCCAGCCCUGUCUACUAUUCUUGAUUUUUGGGCUGGUGUAAUAUUAGAGUACAAAAACCGUUACUUGUUCCUUCGUUAAUCUUUUAAUUUUUGAUUUUUAGUGUUUUAGUAGGAGUACAAUACCCUUGUGCAUAUUAGAGUAAAAAAUGGUCCUUAGCUAACUUCACUAAUGUGCAGCAAUUUGCUAUAGUCCUUUCUUACCUAACAAGCAAUAACUGUUAGUAAAUACAGAAGAAGCUCUCUCAUUUUGCCAGAAAUCUAGUUUUAAAGGAACAGUUUGCUGAAGUGGGGUGUUAGUGUCUUUAGUCUGUCAUACUUGUUUGUCUGUUUAUAAAAGGGCCGAUUUCAAAAUGAGUUGUCAUUCAGCCAGGAAGGUUUUCUCCCGCAUCACUAGCUUCGCAGAGCGUAAUGGAAGUUGAAGCUGUGCAGUGUUAGGGAGUCUGUACUACAGCUCAUUGAGAAUCAUAGGAAGGUCACGAUCGCAGCUCUAGCACAGAAUUUUCUCAAUGAGACACCUCUGAUUGGUCAAUCCUCUGGUACAGUGACUUAAAGAAGGUGUUCUCAAUACCUCACCAUAAACAAAACAUAAAAUAAAUAAAAUGGUAAUCACGCCAGGUGAAAUAAGAGAUAUGAGUUUCACUUAAACCUCAAGGUGAUACAAAUAUACAAUACAUACAAGUAAAUAUUGGAAAUCCGCAGCAAGGACCUUAAAAAUAGUGCAGUAUAGCCAAAUGUUAAAGUGGUAAUGGAAUAUUUGAGAGAACAUACACUUCCAACAGCUACAAAAAGCUCUACUAGUAUAGUUGUGGACGGUAUACAGUGGAUACAGGUGGAUCUGGAACAGAGUAUGAUCGUCACUUCCAAGGAGGUAUGUGCGGAAAGAGAACCAGAACACAGGGAACAGUGGAACAGUAUCACAAUGGGUAGGUUUAUAAAUGAAAGGAAUAUCCUAUUUGCAUUGAGAUAAGCAAACUAUCUACUGGUGGUGGUAGUAAGCAGAGGUGGUUUAAUCCCCACCUGAGGAUAUAUUGGAACCAGUGGUACAGAUGAGAUGUAAUAAAUUAGUAGUAUAAAAUAAUAUACUUUAUUACAUCAAACAAUAAAGAUAAUGAAUAAAAACUAGAUAUACCAAGAUAUAUAGUUAAAAUAAAAUAAACUUCAGAGGUGUAUACAGAGGUUGUGAAACACGUUAAGUUAAAUGUUUUUCUGUGUAGAUGAAAAAAAUUACUUGUCUUUUCCUUCUCUAUUAUUUUCUCUUCUAGUGGGUUUGUGUUCCUACGACUAAUCUGUCCUGCCAUACUUAAUCCAAGGAUGUUUAAUAUCAUCUCAGGUAAAUUAAAAUGUGCAUUAACAAAGUUCUUACAAUGUUUUUAGAUGAAGUGCUAUGUGUGGUAUUAUAAAUGAUCUAGAUCAGGGCUGUCAAACAUACGGACUCCAGAGCCUCCAAAUUCAGCCCAUGGCUUUUACCCACACGAAAGGUGGUGGGAAGCUAAAAACUGUGAAAUAAAAUGUUAAUUGUUACUUAUAGGUGUGUGUGUCGUUUUUUUGUAUGUGUACCUGUGUUUCUAUGUAACAGAGUGUCUGUGCAUAUUUGUGUCGGUGUGCAGCAAUGCAUACAUCCCAGCAUUUAAACACCAAUACAGCUUUUAAACACCAACAAUGCACACAUACACCCUUGCUCUCAAACAUGCAAACACAGUCCUGAAUUUAAAUGCCAUUACUUCAAACAGCAUUGAACUACACACAAAUACACCUUUUUAUUGUUGUAAGUAAUACAUUACACUUUACAUUAUGUUAAGUUGUUCUUUGUGCAUGCUCUUUCUUCUUUGCGUGUGCAUAUGUGUAUAUAAAAUGUAUGCAUUUGACCCUCUAUACCUAUUUCAGUGGACACCCCUGAUCUAGAUGAAGCUAGGCUACCUCAAUUGUGCCUAGUAAAUACUUGCAUAUUCAUUUAUAUCAUUUGGUUUUAAAUGUUGUGCCGGUUGUGUCCUGUUUAUUUUCAGUUUAAGUAACUUAUUUGAUGUUUACCCUUUGCCAGAUUCUCCUUCUCCAACUGCAGCAAGAACGUUGACGCUGGUCGCCAAGUCUCUUCAAAAUUUAGCAAAUUUGGUAGAAUUUGGAGCCAAAGUAAGUAGACGAAAUAUAGUAAAAUGCCAUGAUUAUUUGGUGUUAUUGCACAGCAGUUAAUUGGGGAUUGCAUCAAACGUUGUAUAGGUACCAUACUGCUAUAAAUAGCAUUCUGUUUACUUUGUGUGGGUAACCGUUUAUCUGAGUGGACCCAGUCACCACUCUCAGUAUCUGCAUUGUGGAUGUACAAAUGGCACCGUCAUCUGAAAAUGGUUCUGAGUUUAAUUCAGUUUGACGACUCGGGAUCACAUUUUUAGGAUCAACAAACAUGCAUUUGGUAUAAUGUAAACAAAUCUGUAUAAAAUCCUGCAACUGUGGUUCGUCAGAUGUAUGGUUUUAGUAUGAGUGCUUGGAGAGUUCCUUUAACCCAGCUAUGAAACCUUUAUUCACACUUUGUAUGUAAAUCCUCCUUUCUUCUAGUGACUUAUGUAGAACUAACUUAGAAGCAACCUGUGUCCUUUGGUUAUUUGAAAAGAAAACACAUUUCAUAGUUUGGGGGUUGUUUAUAUGAAAAACAAUCACUACAACACUUUGCAACUUUUUCUCUUUUUUAAUCCAUUCAUAUUCUUGUUCUGCUUAACUUCUCCUUCUGCACAUGUUCAUAUCUACAAUUAAUUAGGUUAAUAAUUGUUAAAACUUUUUUUUUUUUUUUUUAACAAUGUCAUCUGGCAGAAUCUUGGGUUUCAGGGAUGUUGGUUACUGUUCUGACAUGUAUGUAUUAGCAAUCUGUAGGAAAUAGUCAAAUAACUACAGAUAGUGUGAUAAUUUGGCCGUCCUAAAUUGGUUCUCUGAGAGUAAACCUUUCUAUAAGUCUAGUUUACAAUAAUUUUGAAACCUCUAGCAAUUAUUUAAUGGUACAAGUGUAGUUUAGUUCCCGUAUAACUGAGCAGGACUAUUGUUGUAAAUUGAGCAAAUUAAUAAUUUUCAUGUAGUAUUUAAUAAACCUCGGAAUGUAAUUGAUGCAUGUUAGUGUGUAAUAGUUGUUAUAAAUAUAUAUUAUUACUAAUCUUACGGACUUUAAGGCUCAUUCCCAAAAGGCAGAAUUAAUGAAUUCUGUAACUUGCAAAUGUGUAUGGUGAAUGGGCAUCCAUUAUAUACUUAUUCAUGUUACGGUAUGCCUUUGUGUGUGCAGUGCCAGGAGCCCACAGAAGCACUUUCGAAUGUUGGCAACUAAAAUGUGUCUGAAUCAAACUACUCUAAAUAAAUGUGUAAAAUGAAAUCGCCCCUGUAUGCCCCCCAUAUUUAAUAUGAAAAAGACUUUGGGCAUACAGGAAGUACCAGCACCAGUUUGGAGCUCUGAGACUCUUACAUGCAUUAAGUACAUAAUACGUUCUAACAACAAUUCCUUUUAUUCUGGUUGGCACGGGAGGAACAUGCUGCUGCUGUGCCACAAAGCUGCGUUUUUUCCUCCGGAGCUGUAAGAAAAUGAGUUAUUUUUUUUCUCUUUAAUCUUUUAACUGGUAUCGCUUUUGCACUUGCCAUUGCAUGAUACUCAUCUCAUUGUAAAUGCAGUCCAUUUCUCAUGUUAUUUUGCCACUCUCACUGUAGCUCUCUGGAGUGUCAGCAAACACUUAUAAUUCCCCAAAACUUUGGAACCGUCUUCUUGACAAAAUGUACAUAUGUUUUCUUUAGAAGGGCAACCUGCCCUUUUUAUAGUAUAUUGAAUAUACUUUAGAAGACUUAUGCCUUAAGUGGAACUGCACCUUUAAAAUAAUUUGUGGUGAUUGCGUUUUCUGUAGUGAACUUGGCUCAAAUCUACUGUGAGAGGGGGUGUAACGUGUCAUUUGAAAAUAUCACACAUACGGAUAUAUCCAUCACAUUGUUGUUUGUGUUCUGCAUUACACACCAAAAAUUCUAAAGCUGCAGAUCACCUUGCUGAUAUUGAAGAUUGUACUAUUGGCAAGUUAUGACAUAUAUAAAUUACUUAAAUUAUUUUUCGAUGAUUUCUUAUAAAGCCCAUCCAUGUGUGUAGCAAGGACAUUAUAAAUGCAAACCAUAGAUUGCAUCUGAUUGGCUGCUAGGCUUGCUAUAGAAUUAACUUGUCACUCUACAUGUGGAGUGUGGAUUUUAAUCAAUUCUUCUUUUUUUACUUGAAAGAAAGAAAACCUUCUCUUUUCAGUAGAUUUUUGCAAUUAAUAGCUCACCUAUUCAACGUCAUAUUGUUUGUCACUUUGUACAGAUUUGAUGCAUUUAGCAAUCUGUGGCUUGUAACAUUGAUGGACUCUUGCUCUAUUUGUAGAGUGCUAUUGUAAUUUGAUUUCUUUUAACAGUGUAAACUGUAUGCUCAGUUAUCAGACAGUCUGCUAUUAUAUCAUAUUCUGUGCUUCUUUGCCAUUCUUUGUGUAUUUUAUAGCAAAGCUGUCUUUUGUGUGUGUUUUGCCGGCCUUUGGCAAAACAAGAAAUUGUCAGCCAUCCUUUGCACAAGUAAAUCUUGAUUAUUUUUUAAGUAGUCUGGUUCAAUUGGAAAGUCUCAGUGUUACAGCUUUCUAUGUAUGAAAUCAAAACGUUUGCAAGAUUAGUAAUGUUAAAGUGAUUAGUGCUCUGUGUCUGCAUUAUCUAUCGUGCGUGGCAAAAAAGAAAAGUCCCUUUGAGGUAUAAAACUGCUUUUAUAUCUGCUUUUGUGUUUCUAGGAGCCCUACAUGGAAGGGGUAAAUCCAUUCAUUAAAAGUAACAAGCACCGCAUGAUCAUGUUCUUAGAUGAACUUGGGGUGAGUAGGAAUGUGUUUGUGUUUAGUGUCAUGGAAAUAGUUGGUACAGGAAAAAUAGGAAACAAAUACAUAUUGUGAAUUUGGUUUAUCCUCCAAGUGAAAAAAACAAAAACCUUGGGGUAAUUUUACUAGUGCACUAUAUUAAAUCUUAAUUUACUUGUAGGGGAUGCGACACUCACACAUUUUUGUAUGAGUUACAAAUAAAUCAGCUCUUUAUAAGUGCUAUAUAUGUUACACUUAGUGGUUAUAUACAUAUAUACAUUUAAGGGAAAAAACAAACAUGCAUUGCUUCAAUUUCAGAAUGUACCUGAACUACCAGAUCCUACUGAGCACUCUAGGACCGACCUGUCCCGCAAUUUGGCAGCUCUACAUGAAAUGUGUGUUGCACAUUCUGAUGAACUCCGUACCAUUAGCAAUGAACGAGGCGCACAACAGGUAUAACGUUUUUAUCAGGCACUAGUAUAAGAAUAUUUUUAGUUCACACAUGAUUACUCCUAUAAAGCACUUGAAAUAAUAAAUUGUUAAAACAAACCAUUAAGACCAUUGGUCAGAAAAAUGGCUUGUUUGGGAACAGGCAAUAUGUGGGUAUAUUUAUGUAUUUUGUAAUAUCACAUACACAUGCAGUAGUUACCUGUGCACUCCUUUACAAUUCAUAUACAUCAGUAGUACAACAUUAAGCUUAUGGUGUUUAAUCUUCUUCAAAUGCCAUCCUCCUUCUGCUCAGAAACUAUCAUUGGCGUGGCAGGGUACACAGCUUACUUACUAUACUUGUAGUUUUUAAGACUACCUGUCGAGCAGGAGUAAUUCAUAUGCUGUUGUAAUUCUGGUUUUAAAAUAACUGAAGAGCCACCUGCUGGCUAACCCCACCUUGGACAAAUUUGUAACUUGAUAUAACCAUCUCAGCAGAAUGAUAAAUUGUACUGAAACCUUUAAUAUUUAUUUAUUUAUUUAUAUUUCAACAGCAUGUUCUGAAAAAACUCUUGGCGAUUACAGAGCUGCUUCAACAAAAACAAAACCAGUAUUGUGUAACAAACAACACCAGGUAGCAGCUACGAGCACGCAAGCUGGGUGGAUAGAGCAUGCGCGCACCUGGAAAUCAGUUCACAAUAUCACUUCCUCCUGCUCUUUCCAGAACAAAUAAAAUAGCACGUAUUAGCCACCAGCUAAGCUAUGUGCGGGACUAUGCAGCAAAAAUAUUCUGUUGGUAAAUGUUAAUGCCAGCAGAUUUUUGUUUUUAAGCUAUCUGUGCGUUAUAACUGCACUUUUUUUUUUCUUCACACUUUGAACUGACUUCCACUGAACUGAGCCUUUGUCUACUGAUUAUCUUUCACAGACCAAGUUGUGUUGAGAUGAACUAUAGCACAUUUCCACGCAUCAUGCCAAAGUCUAUACACCCAAAACCUGUUGACUGACAGAAAUGUUGUGCUUUUGGACAGUCAUUUAUAACUGGAUUACAAGCUAUUUUUAUACUGUGUUUCUAACUGGUCUCUGUUGUUACUGCUCACGACUGUUCAACCAACCUGAAUUAUCGUUUAAUUUCAAAACUGACAAGGAACAAGUGCUACUUUUUAUUAUUUUUGUUCUGUCUUUCUGGGAUCAUAUUAAGUUUAUGAAAAACAGAAAUCUUUUUUUUUUUUUUUUUUAAAUGUGCCACUGAUUCUGUUAAAAAUUUUCCAUCAACACCAUGUAUUCAGAGGGGGAAAAAAAACAUGAAAAACUUUUGUAAAAUGUUUACACCAGUAAAUAAUGGAGUUCAAUAAAUUUAUUGUUGUAUCUGAUGUGCAUGCAUUAAACUGUUUUGUAAAGUAUUGUUUGGUCUGUCUAUUGUGUAUAGUUUUUAAAUCUGAUACUUUUUCCUCUUCCACUAAACUAUUUCACUACAAAGAACAUUCCUAUUAAAUGAAUGUAUUUUAAAUUGGCAAAAUUGAUUUUUGUAUAGCAAAACUGCACUAAAGGUUGCCAAACAUACCCAUGCUAGAUUGGAAACCAUGUAUAUUGUACAUUAAAAAGUUAAUGCUUUUUGAAACCAAUCAAAAAUAAAAUCAUUGUUGUGGUUUUGGUGCAGAGUAUGUGGGUGGUGCCCAAAUGUGAGUUAAGCACCAAAACCACUUUAUACUUUAGUGGUUUUAUUUCACGUACACUUUAUCCCUGCAAUUUGUCAUGAAAGAUGCUUUUAGUUUUCGUAAGGAAGCUCUUUGAGGAACUAACUUGUGAAGACUUGAAAGUCUGGCAAUUGCUGCACAUACAGUUUGUCCCCACUGUUUGAGAUAUUAGACAGAGAUCAAGGAAGGAGGAGCUGCCCGGCAUAAAUUGGAUAAAACGGGGUGAGUAGAGUACUCUGCUCAGAUGGUGGCAUGGAGUGCAUUAAAACUUGUACCGUGAGCUAUAAUUGAAAAAUGGUGAUUAGAAUGAAAUGGAUCUAUGUGAGGGGGGAAACUAUUAAACAGCACCGUUAUGUAAUCCUGAGUAGUAUUUCCAUUUUACAGCCCUAAUGUAUUCUGCUCUUACAAAUAAAAGGCAUAUUGUUUAACACUCCGUGUAUUCCCAUGCCCCCUAAUUGUAUCGGUUGCCAUCUAUGGUUUAACAAUUUACUGGGUUUCCUGAACACCAUGCUCUUUCUACCCCAAUGCUUCUUGGACAAAACUGUUGGAGGCAGGUAUUCUCCGACAACCCUGCUGCUGCUUCUUCUGUACAACAGUCUAAAUAUCCUCUUCUCAUACAUGCAAAAAUAGCAAACAGGAUGAAAAUCAGCACAGCCUUUCCACUCCAUGUGAAAAGUGACAUGUCCUAUAUUGACAAGCUGAGUAUAGUGUAGGUAGAAGUCCCUUUUUGUAUCUCUGGGCUUCUCUUUUAAAAGUUUUCCAAGGUCAAAGCUUAUAUUCAGCAAUAACUUGUUUUACAAUAUGCCACUUAUUUUAUUGGGGCAACCGUCGGUCCCAAAUCCAUCGACCACUUGAGCAACCUGAACUUUCCACUUAUGGAAUGGGAAGCCGGCUUUACUUUUAUGAAAAAGGAUAAACCCAUCCACGCUUGCCCUCUGCAAAUUUAAUGCAGUUAGCCAAACUUUCACACGUCUUGCACUUAACUCCAUCUUAUGAAAAUAUUAACUACUGUGUUUAACGCUCACUUGUCGUCUUAGAGAAAACACUUUUACGCCAAAGUUUAUAAGGUUAUUGGAAAAGGACCCAUGCAACCUUGUAUAGAAGUGAACAAUGGCAGCAAAGUUACACACGCCAAAGCUUUACAUUCAGAGAAAUAAAUCUAUAUACUCAACAUGUAUUGGGACCCUACUUAUGUUGGUCUUUUGAUAGUUGGAGAUGUUUCAGAUUUGAGGCAUCUGUUCUAUUUCCAAAUUUUAGAGACUGGUUUUGAACAUGAUCAAACAGAUGUAGAACACUCGUAUGCCUAAACUGCCCUAAACAAACCAUACUAACCUGCCUGGAGUGAAAUAUAGAAACAUCCCAUUAAAAAAAAAAUCUAACCACAAACAGGAGUCUGGUUCUACUUUAUUGGUGCCAACAUCACAAAUCAGGACUCACACAGUGGGUUAGAAUUAAAUUAAACUACCUGGGCCAUGAAGACGGCCCUGAAUCCGACUAAUAAGUAUGAUGCAACAUUGCCACCCUGGCUGCUAUAUAAUAUCCAAUCACUACCAUACAAAUGCAAUUUGACAAACUUCCCCACUGAGAUUCUCAUGCUGCAUGGUCUGCUCUAAAUAACCCUGGCCUGCAUUUCCAUCCCACUUUUCCUCCCUAACCGAUAGCAUCAGUUUUAGUGACCAUUGGAUUUUGUUUUGGAUUUCCUUAACCCCUUAAGGACACAGCUUCAGAAGCUUGUCUUAGGCUUAAUGACACAAGCAAUUUUUGCAUUUUCUUGCUGUAUGCAAUCAACUGCAAUUUGCAUCUUUCGUUUAUUGCACCGACACAUAUUAUAUACUGUUUUUUAAAGGACAGAAAGGGCUUUAAUUUGAUGUAACAUACUUAUAAAUGCUUAUUUAAUAAAAAUACAGAAAAAUGCAAAAGUUUUUUGCAAUAAUAAGGUGUGCCUGAUUAGUGCAGGUUAAAGAAAGUAAUUAAAAAUACAUUCAUAUAAUUCUGAUUUAAAGAAUAUAAUGUGUUUGAGAUUUUAAGGUUUUUUUUGGUAGUUACAGAUCACAAAGCACAAGGAGUAAAAUAAACUUUUAAUGUGGAGUGAUUUUAGAAUUUGGUAUGUUUGUCUUGUAAGCUUAAUAGCCAUAAAAGAAAAUAUUAUAUAAAGUAGACAUCACAGGCUAUUGUCCUAAGGUUGUUUAGACACUUUCUACAUAGCCAUUUCACCACCAAUCUCUGCUAAAUAUUGGAGUAAAAUUUAGUUUUUUGGGGGUUUUGGCACACAAAUUUAUAACAAAGAACUUCUCAUGUGUAUUUUGUAAAGUUGGUGUGUGCUGUUCCUGUAGAAAGUUUUAUUUUGUGUUCAGUUACUUCUGCUGAGUACACGUAUACCCCCAUUGUACGUCUUUGGCCCUAUUUCGUGAAGCUACAGUGCCAUAUAGGAGACAUGUCCGUUUCAACAUUUACAGUAGAAUUUUGAGAGGUGGAAUUAAUGGGCCUAUGCUUCAAUUUGGGGUUUUAUAGCAGUUUUUUUCAUCAAUAUAGGCCAAAGUAUGUGGUAAAAAAUAAUUUGGGGCAUUUUUUACAUACGGAUUACAUUUUUGCUGGGCAUUUUGUACAUUUCAUAUGUGCCACUAAGUUCAAACCCCCCAAAUUAUGCUCAGCUAAGUCUUCUGAGUAAAACAAUAUGCCCAAUGUAUGACCUAGACACUAUUUUGUGAAGUUACACUGCUGUAAAAGAGACGUGACAAGUUAAGGUUUUUAAGUGUGAAUUUUCAUGGAGGGUUUUGAUGCGUCCGUGUCCCACUUUGGAACACUUGAGUAGGCUACAUAUUACAACUACACUAUAAAGGCAUACCAUUUCUUAAAGAACACAUCCCAGGGUAUUUCAAAAGGCAUAUUUUGAACCUUAGCGUGGGAUAAUUUUCCCCCUUUCCCAUAACUCCCACCCACUCCAGCUAGCAAAAUUAUAAAAUAUUUAAAGUCAAUUAAAUAAACUGAACCCCUGAGGGUUAAAAAAUAAAUAAAGGUUAAUCCUCAGGGGUUAAAAGAAAUUAGAUUACAGUAUAAUACUGUGAUCAGUAUUUUGAUCACUGUAGGCUGUGAUCAACUGGCAGGGAAGGGGUUAAUUUCUAUUUAGACUGGGCAAAGGGGAUGUUUUUUUUACUUAAAGUUUUUUUUAAAAAUGUUUUAGUAAUGUUUAACAUUAACCCCUAGUUAGCCUAACACCAAAUUUCCCACUAACUUCCACCCAUCCCAGCUAUCUAAAUAUAUAGUUUUAAACAUUUAAAUUAAUUAAUAAAAUAAAUUUAACCCCUGAAGGUUAGAAUAAAAAAAAUAAUUAACCCUCAGGGGUCAAAAAAA